AUGCUUCUUCAAGCCGGUGCAACUUUCUUGAAAAGAAGUCCAGGACAACUGCUUACAGGUAAUAUUAGUGUGAAAAUGUAAAAAUAUAAUUGCAACCACUACAUUUGACACCCAUUGUUUUUUUGGAUAUCUUGGAGCUAUGAAUAAUAGUUAAAAUAUCGUCUAAGCUUGUUGUCUUGAGACUUGUUGUACUUAACAUCACAGUAAUAUCAAGUUUUGGACUAGUUUGAAUAUGAUAAUUUCUGGAAAGAAUAUGACUAUUGAGAGAGAAAUCAAUAUUUCAAGAAACUGAUAGGAAUAUUGAAGAAAAAAUAUUAUUAGGCAAUAAGUUGCAGAUUAUAUUAUUGAUCAAGUCGCAUCUGCAUUGAUAACCCAUGCAUGCCUCAAGUUCAAGUAUUUUGUUAGUUUUUUUGUACACAUAAACAAGGUAAUUAAGCUGUAUACAAUUUUUAGGAUCCAGAAAUGUUAGAACAAAUUUGACUUACCAUUUGAGAAGUUUUAUACAUAAGGUAAAGUUGUUUUUUUCUUCAUAUUUUUUCUCUAUUAUUUUAAAACCCAAUUGCAAUGUGGUUGGCCAUUGGAUAACUCUAAGAUGAUCUCUUGUUUAUUGCCAAUAUGUGAAUGCUUCCCUGUUAAGGGGCUGUUUACAUGAGCCCUACCGGGAGGGCUGGCCCUAGCAGUAGGGCUAAUUUUCACUGCUUGUUUACAUGAGAAAAAUCAGCCCUACUGGUAGGGAUAGCUUCUUUCCGCAAGUAGCACUUAAAUGGCUUCCGUGCGACUCAUUUUUAUUUUGGCGUCCAAAAUCAUAGUUUGCCAACUAAAUUUUGGAAUAAAAGCCAACAGACAUUUGAAUAUCCGUUUAGAACUACAUCCUUAAAACAAAAAAAGCUUCAAAGAGUUUAGUCUAAAAUCGAUUCGACGAUUCAAUUCAGCCCUCUCUACUGCGUUUAUAUGAGAAAAUUCCAGCCCUACUAGGCGAGAUCUCGGGUGAGUAAUAGUGAGAUCUCGCCUAGGAGGGCUGGCCCUCUUCUCAUGUAAACGUAAACAAUUUUUAAUAAGGAUUUCAAAUAGCACGCGGGAUCUCGCCUAGUAGGGCCAGCCCUCCCUGUAGGGCUCAUGUAAACAGCUCCUAAGGCGGUUUUCCAGUCCUCGCACGAAUAAAUGCGGGUUGUAUUGAUCUACAGCAUAGGCUAUACGGAGGGUCCUGGUGAAAUGGGAACUGGGAUUUACCUUCACCUUUUAUUUUGUGAAGUUAGUUAUUCAAAGCAGAAUAUAUUGUGUUUUAAAAUUCAGCACAUACACAUGAAACACCUGCUCAGGGAUAUUCUUUUAAAUUUACAGUUGAAACUGGAAUUUAGACAAAAAGAAAGUGGCUGGGGAAUGGGAUUUAGAAAAAAGUGGGCUGACAAAUGAGAUCUAGGCCCCCUUCAGGGCCGUCUAUAUAAAGUCGAGUGCCAACCAUACCGUACAUUACAUUGUCGUGGGGUACAAUUACUAAUUAUCAACGUAUAGACUUUUUUCAUUAUUACUACAGGAUGCUAACUUUCUACCAAGACUUGGAGGCUGUGCUGUGAAAUUUUGUUCAACACAAGCAAAAGGUGAUUCUGAGACAAAGUCUAAAAAGCAGAUUUUUUGUUUUAACUCUUUUUUGCCGACGGGAUUCUUUAAGUAUAUGUUACUCUGGCUAGUACCAUCCGAUCGUACUCGUCAAACUCAGUCAAAGUAAAGUAAAUAUUAAUAAAGAGUUAGAGAAAGGUAACUUAAGCGUAAUUUAUAAACUAUUUUGUAUGAUUUCAGAUCAAGACAAGGUGCCCAAAGGAAGGCCGUAUAAUGAGUUUACCAUUGGUGUUCCUAAGGAAAUCCAAGUUAACGAGAGGAGAGUUGGUCUGACACCAGAUGCAGCGAAAUCUUUAAUAAAGACAGGAUUUAAUGUAAUUGUGGAAGAAGGUGCUGGAAUAAAUGCUCAGUUUAAAGAUUCCGAUUACCUUGAGGCAGGAGCUCAAGUCAAACCUUUAAAGGAAAUGUACAGCAAUUCAGAUAUUAUUUUAAAGGUACUGCAGUAGUUAACUUACAGUGUAUUAUUAAUACAUACAUGCAUGUAGUAUUAUGAAGACCGGAAAUUAUAUAUUUUUUGUCAUGCGCGACAUACUGUGAAGUGACAAGCACGGGCUUCAAAGCACUUAUAGAAAACAGUGGAUGUAAAAUCAAUAUUAGAGAAAACAAUGGAUAUAGAAAACAGUGCAUUUUUCGUACGGACCGGUCCAAGGAAAAAGUUGAAAUUCGUGUUUUUAGGGCCCGACAAAAAAGUUGAAAUUUUCGAUUUAUUAUGUGAAAUCAAUAUUAGAGAGGUUCAGAUUUGACUUCCACUACCACUUACUGGUGUCAAAUGUGAUCCUCUCUAGAAAAUGUGAAAAUAUUCUUGGUACCGACGUAACUCAGUACUCCAUUCUUUGAGCACUCAAUAACUCGUAUAUAUAUGGUGCUGCUGCACAUAAUAGUGAAGUGUUUGCAAGUGAUCACAUUGAGUGAACGUUGCAUGUUAGUUGAUUUCACAUUGUGCAUCAACCUCGUAUCUGGUGGCAAAUACGUAAUUGGAAUAAUUUAACAUCAUUGAAAAUUGACCGCCAUGUGCAGCGCGGGAAAGCUGAUAAUGAGAUUCACUUUACUGCGAUAAUAAAUGUCUUUAAUUCAUCCAAUACUUAUAGUGGACUUUUUUUGAGGUAUUGGAAAGUCUAUAAACGUGUGAAGUACCACGACAGAAUGUCUUGCAUUUCUAUAAAAUUAUAAAAUGAAUGAAUGUGUAUUAUCUUUGCAGGUUUGUCCGCCAGGAACCCAUCCUGAAUUUGGAGUUCACGAAUCAGAAUUAAUGAAAAGUGGCUCAACUCUUAUCAGCUUCCUCUAUCCAGCACAAAACAAAGAUCUAGUUCAAAAAUUGGCAGAUAAAAAACUGACAAGCUUUGCUGUUGAUUGUAUACCCAGGAUAAGUCGUGCUCAGUCAUUUGAUGCGUUGAGUUCUAUGGCUAAUAUCGCUGGUUAUAAAGCUGUAGUUGAGGCUGCCAAUCAUUUUGGUCGAUUUUUUUCGGGACAAAUAACUGCCGCUGGGAAAGUUCCUCCUGCUAAAGUUCUAGUCAUAGGUAGGGAUGUCUUUGCACAUAAACAAUUUCUUACUAGAUCAGUAUAUUAAGUCCACAUUGUGUUAUAUUCUCUCAAGUUGUGAUACAUACUGUAAAUCCAGGGACUUAGCCAGGAUAUGGAAUAUAGCUGGGGGAGGGGGGCAUCCAUUUAGUAGUUAUACGUGUGUAUGAGAGGUGGGAGGGAUAUGAUUGAUGCAUGUAUUUGUGUACAAAGGGGGAGGGGUUAAACCAUCCGUACGUAUGCAAAAUGAUUUUUUUAAGCAGAACUUCGACGUUUCGAGCCUUCGUCGGGGAGUUAGUGGCUUUUUAUCGCGGGGGUGGCCAAGCCCAACCAGAAAUAAUGGCUGUAGCUCGAAAUAACGAUUUAGGCUAAAUGCUGCAUUCUGUUGUUGUUUCCGCUGUUGCUGAUCUGCCCGUCAAAUACAACAUUAACGAAGUUGGUUUAAAAAAAACAACACUGGGCUUUUAAUGUUUGAAUCUGUUGUUGCAAAAUGGGCGCCCGGUUGUGGGAGAAAAUUUUCAUAUUUUUGUAAUGUGACCAGGACCACAACACUAGUUUUGUUGAUGCUCCAACAACAACCUAAGUUGAUCUUUCAAGGAAAACUUCAUAAUUCAUGUUUUUCGUUCAUGAAGGUGGUGGUGUGGCUGGUCUCUCGGCAGUCAUUAACGCGAAAGGACUGGGUGCUAUUGUGCGAGCAUUCGACACACGUGAAGCUGUGAAAGAACAAGUUCAAUCUUUGGGAGCUGAAUUCUUGGAAAUUAAAGACAUUGAGGAAUCUGGGGAAGGUACGUGAAGUCAUGCUGCCUAGUACAAUGCUAUGAUGUGUAUAUUAAGUAUUUUCUAGAAAAUAGGUUUAAGACUUAUCAUAGAAAUGAAAUUCAAUAUCAUUGAUCUGGUCAUGAUAUGUGUUUAACUACAGCUGACGCAAAUGUUGUGAAUCUACUUUAAUAUAUCCAAAGUCCAAAUCCACUCUUUAAGAACUGUAAGGAAACCCAAGUAUGAUGUUUUACAGUGGGGGAUUUUAAAAGCUUUUUAAUCGAGUUUUUGAUUGGAUUUGCACAUGUGUGUAGAUCUUGAGGGGUGUUUUAAAUACCAGUUUGAAUUGAGAAAAUGCCAAGGAACAGUUUACCAUGACAUGUUAACCCCCCAUCCCCGCAGGCUUCUAAUAUAGUUCUGCUUUUGUCUGCCUGCUUGCGGGCUCGCAUUUGGAGAAAUCAGGUGAUGCCUGCAGAGGCCAGUAUCUCAGUCCUCUAUUAAUUUCAGGUGUUGGAGGUUAUGCAAAAGAAAUGUCACCUGAAUUUAUCAAGGCAGAGAUGGAACUAUUUGCUAACCAAGCAAAAGAGGUUGACAUAAUUAUCACCACAGCAUUGAUCCCUGGCAAGCCAGCUCCAAAACUGAUCACAAAGGAAAUGGUGGAAUCUAUGAAGCAAGGUUCGGUCAUUGUUGAUUUAGCUGCUGAAACUGGAGGAAACUGUGAGGUGACAAGACCUGGAGAGAGUUACAACUAUAAAGGAGUGCAGGUUAGUGCCGCAACAGUUAACGUUUUAAUUCUCAUACUGAUUAUUCUAUGCGUUGUAAAUAAAAUAGGAUGUUUGCUUCAGGACUUUGAACUUAUUUGAACUGGGCAUCCAGCUUUGGCGCCCAAAUGGUAAAGACAGUAUGUGGAGGAUCUUGUGUGAAUAUCCUUAUAUCAGAACUAUCAUAAAGGGAAUAUGAAUCCAUGUUUUUAGCUACACAUUUUUGACGUCUUAGACGGUAGGACCAGCAAUAGGGCAACAUAAUUGUCAAAAUCACGCAAGGGCUGGAAUACGAACUGAAUCUUCCUCAAAAUUUGAUAUUUUAUAAAGCUAUCGAAGUAAAAAGCCUUGUGGCAGUAAAAGUAUUGUCUUUGGCAUGACUAUAGAAAAACGAACGACGUUUACCGUCUAUAUACAGCUGUGUUGCAAUUGCUUAUAGGCAUAAUACAUGUCAAAUAUAUAUAGCGAUUGGCAUUCUAUGUUCAGAGCUUUAAUUGACUAAUUCGCGAUAAAACCGCUUUUGGCUCUGCUUGUAACAUUUCUUUUGGACGAAUAUAGAAUUAGAGGUAUUUUAAAUAUUAAAUAGUCAUGACUGCCAAUAAUAUGAACAAGCUUUCGUUGGUGGGGAUGCAACUACCUGAAAAAUAUACGGAGAAUUUCGACGUUUCGAACGAAGGCCUGGAGUUUCUAAAACUUGUAGUGUUUAAUAUGGGUGUUUACUGAGCCAUUUAUGAAUUAAACUACAUCUCUAAAUUUAUAUUCUCACCUAUUCUCAAUAUUCCAGAUUAUUGGCUACACUGACCUACCAAGUCGUCUCCCAACUCAAGCCAGCACAUUGUAUGCAAACAACAUGACUAAAUACCUUCUUUCUAUGGGAGAAAAAGAUCAUUUUGAUGUUGAUCUUGAAGAUGAUGUUGUACGUGGUUCAAUAGUUCUUGAUCAAGGGAAAAUGAUGUGGCCUCCACCGGCCCCAGCAACUCCACCUGUCGCACCUACACAACCAACUAAAGGAAAGGCGCUUGUUAAACCUCCAGAAAUUAAUCCCUUUCAGGAAAAGAUGUAUGAAGCUGGUGGCACGGCUGGUAUGUAAAAUCAUGGAUUGUAAAAUAACUGGAUAGGAAACUUCCUGACGUCACAGUCUAAACCUAGUUGCAAUCUGUGACGUCACGUGUAUUGCCAAAGUUCUCAGUUUUCGCUAUAUUUUCCGCUUUAAAAGAGUAAUAUUGAAGCAUAAACUGGUCUAAUUGUUUUAAAAACAUGCCUAAGCCACGACAAAGUAUUCAAGGUAAAUGUUUUUCGUCUUUGUUUUGUAUUUUGUUUACAUUUGUAGCUACGAAAUUGGCGUCGCCAAUUUUUACGAAAUUUGCAAUGCAUUUUUCACUGUUUAGUGCUUGAAAUAUUCGCUAAAAUUGACCGGGAAUACUUAGAGAUUUCAUCGUAGAAUGGCCUAGUUAUAUUUAUUUGCUCUUUGACUAAAAUGUUUAGCUGUAUUAUCGCUAAACAUGCCGUUUUUGAGAAUUUUGUUUGCAACUAGGUUUCAACGCCAUCAUCCCAUUGAAAACAUUAGGUCACGUCAGCUAGUUUCCUAUCCCAUGUAUUUUAUUAUCCAUGGUAAAAUAUACGCCAAUGUUAAUGCUUCUUGUUUUCGUGUAUGAAACCUGAGUUGAAACAACAGGUCUCAAUCACUAGGCUUUGUAGCUAAGAUGAUAUAGUAUCCAGAAGCGUAUAUCCUGUAUGAAAUGUGGUGAAUACAAUAAUAGCGUAAGCUAUAUGAAGUACUAGGGAGUUUAGGUACGCGUUUAAAAGAUUCAGUAAAGAAUCAGAUUUUUUAGAAGUUCCUUCAUAUUCUCUUGCAUAAACAACAGGAUGCGAUAAUUCAGGAUUUUUAGCUGUACCUCACUAUAGUACUCUAGUGAUUGUUGCCAUGUGUCAAGAUAAAGUACACAACGUACAAUUUUCUAAAAGUAUUCAUUCAGUAACCAGAAACUGCGAGUUUGAAAAAGGAGCACAAUAAAUUGCAUUAUACACUGCAAUUGACUCCACAUUCCUUGGUCCUAUCUCAUCUAAUCAUGUUUCACGCCAUAUCGAAGAUCUCGGAUGUUACGUUUUUGAAUACCUUGGAAAAUGUGCUGGUCAUACGGCACCAGCAAAAUGUGAGUACGCAGGCAGUGAGAGUCCCGCGUACCUGCGUGGUACUUGGCUGAAUAAACUGUACCAGACUGUAUUCGCGUACGUCUGGUAAUCACUCAGCGAUCUAUGUUACAAAUGUUAAAAAAUCAUUCAGCUUUCGUAUCCAGAUGGGUUUGCUUGCUACGUAAUUCACCCUUCCGGAAAGUGCUCAGUCUUGGCUGUAGAGCCUCGUUUUCUUGAUUGAGAUAUUGUGUUUAGAGCCUUGUAUCUUGUUACAGGUGACACACUGACAACCAUAUACAGUUAUAUCAGUGAAUAUAAAAGGCCUGUUUAUAAUUUUGCAAUUAGUUAGAAGAUAAAGGGCUCUAAAGCCAUUGUAUCAGAAACGGGAGCGUACAAGUACUAUAAUUUAAUUAUGAUUUUCCUUCUAUUGUUUCUAGCUGUACUUUCCAGUGUUAUUGGUCUUGGUUUCGUAUCACCAAACCCCGCCUUUGCCACGAUGGUGACAACAUUCUCUCUUGCUGGUGUGAUUGGGUAUAAAGUAGUAUGGGGUGUCACCCCUGCUCUUCAUUCCCCCCUCAUGUCUGUUACUAAUGCUAUUUCUGGUAUCACGGCCGCAGGAGGACUGGUCAUGAUGGGUGGUGGGUUGCUUCCUAACAAUACUGCCACAUCAUUGGCUGCCUUGGCUGCGUUGAUAUCUUCAAUUAACAUUUCUGGUGGAUUUAUCAUUACUAAACGCAUGUUGGACAUGUUUAAACGGCCAGGUGCGUACAGUACACAAGGGUUAUCUUCGUAUCUGGAAGUACCAUUGUUCUUAUUAUUGUAAACGUUUAUAGCUAUAUAUUUACUGUAAGAAAGCAUUUCUCUCGUUGGUUUUGAGCAAGCUGGCCCUUCCUACUGGCGCUAUCACUUCAUACGGAUUUCCUGGGUUGCCUAGCCUACCCGGACAGAGAGUUAAGACCCAGUCGAACGGGAAUAAGAGUUGAUGAGAGUUAGCAGUCACACAUUGUAACGUUGGACAUUUCUAAUUCUAGAUGAACAAACUAAAGUUCUGAUGAGUGUUCCAACUACGUUUUAACUAAAUAGAAUACAUGAUGUUUUGGGAAAGCAUUAGGAACAGCUAUCCAAGGUCACUUGACUGCAUGCCAAUUCUUGUCCAUUCUCAUCCUCGCGUUUGAUCCGAGCUUUAAUGCUCUCAGUUUACGCAAAUAUAAAUAAUGUAAUUGUAAAUGCAUUUUCUCGACAUGCUGUAUUCCGGUUUUAAAAAUCGCAAAGUGGAACUGCAGGUUUUUACUUUGCUUUGUGAGCCAGUCCGCCUGAACAGUCUCGUGUAAACACCGUAAAAACUCACCUGGGUGAUACAAGGUAGCUCGUAUACCCAGGCUGGUUCACCUCCGUAUAACCACAUGCAUGCUCACGUGUAUCAAGGUAUAAAUAAAGUGCAACGUCGUAUCUCUUACCUCAUGGAAUAAAUUGUUUAAAUUUCCCUAGAUGAUCCUCCUGAGCAUACCUACUUGUACAGUAUUCCUGGUGCGUUAUUAAUCGGAGGAUAUCUGUAUGGUAAUGCCCAAGGAUACAGUGAUAUUCAUCAGAUGGCAUAUCUUGCUUCUUCAUUAUGUUGUGUGGGUGCUUUAGCUGGUUUGUCACAUCAAAGUACUUCAAGAGCUGGAAAUGCAUUAGGUAAGUAUAUAUACACUCGAAUAAUGGUCUGUGUCAGUAUCAGUAGCGUAGCCAGCCCGACGAUUUUGUCCCGCUAUGCAAAUAUUUUUGUGUUCAUUGACUGUGAAAACAAUAAAUUUCUAAAGAAAUGAAUAAUGAUAUUGAUGUUGAAUUUGCAUAGCGGGACGAAAUUGUCGGGCUGGCUACGCCACUGGUCAGUAUAGGUAGUGACGAUAAUAAGAAAGCUGCGGAUCUAGAGAGAUAAAACGACCUGAAAAACACAAGCACAACUUCAACGUUUCGAGCGAACGCCCCAACCUCGUUCCCAGAGAGGGAAGAGCCUGGGAACGAGGUUGCCCUUGUUCCCGACGAAGUUCUGCUUGUAUUUUUCUUGCAUCUCUCUCGAUCCGCAACUUCCAAGUGUAUAUGGAUGUAUGGGAGUGCAUAAGGGAAGAUUUUAAGCAUAUAGGGCGGUAUACAAUUAGAAAAUAAAUAAAUGUAAAUACAUGUAUUCCUAGAAAGUGCAUUCACUUUUAAGCAUAAGCUCUCUUUUAGAUAAAUUUUAACACCUUCACACCAAAGAACCAGACAAUUUGAUUACUGAUAAGAUGUGUGGGUGGAAGUUCAUCUUAGUUUUAGCUUAAAUUUCUAUUUAUCCUGGGGCCGGUUGUUCAAAGGUGGGUUAGUGCUAACCUCGGUUAAAAUUUAACCUGAUGUUUUGGUUUGUGUAUUUCAAUCUGUACGUCUGUUUAUCUCAAAACGUCAGAAAAGUGAACUCCUAUCGGUCCAGACAAGAUUUCUGAAGUAACAUUGCCAAAUUGAUAGACAAGCUGUCCGGAAGUUUGCUUUGAAUUUUAAGUUAACCUAGGGUUAAGCUAAUCGGCUUUUGAACAACCUGCCCCUGGGCUGCGUGCCAGCUAGAGGCAGGGCCGUCGAGAGGUUGCGCUGGGCACAACAAUGAGGUCAUAAUUGAAAACGGAAGAAGUGGUGUUUUACAAUAUAUUACACUUCAUUGCAUAUUAUCCUGCACUUACGCAGCUAGGACUCAUUUUCUCUGUUAAGCAAUCUUGUGUCAAGAAGUGUUAAGUGCCUUCAUUGCUUUGGGGCCUCCUUUUGAGCUGGGGGCGCUGGGCAAAAUGCCCCCCCCCCCCCUCCCUCGGUGGCCCCUGGUGUUUUCCACGCUCACAGAAAUACAGCAUAAUAGGCGAGCUGAAACCGUUGUGGCAUAUACAGUGAUAUACAAAUAUCAUUUUCCUUUCUCGGGGGAAAUCUUGCUCUGCUUGCAGGGUAUAGUAUAUAACGUGCCUUUUGUUAAACAUGACGAAACAAAUGACGAUUAAACGAAAUAUUUACAAACUACGUAGAAGGUCUGCGACCUUUACAAACUACGUAGAAGGUCGGUGACGAUAAUAAGAAAGCUCGGAUUGACCUAUUCCCUAAUGAACAAAAUUUUGAUGUAGACAAGUUUAGACAAAAAUUUCAUCACAGCUUGAAAGAGCAUCACACAAUUAGUAAUAGUCCGAAGUUUCUAUUGCGAAAUGUUGUAAAAUGCGGAUAAUAUAGCCAGUGGCGUAACUACUAUGGGCUCAGACCGGGAGAACCCGGGGGCCCCCAACCUCAAUGGGCCAAAUGGGGGCCCCCAGGCUCAAGUUGUAGAGCAAAAACAUUGGCCAGGACCUCUGAUAUGUUACAAUGUCGUUUUCUGACCAUCAGAAUUCUGUAAAAUCUCUCCCCAAAGUCCAGGAAAUGGCAUUUCAGAGAGUCUAGAUUCAAAAAUGCGUGUACUAUUUCGUGAUCGAAAAUAUUCAGGUAAUCUUAUUGAAUUUUUUCUACUUUCCAGGUAUUAUUGGUAUAUCAACUGGCAUGGCUGCAACUGUUGGGUCACUAAAUGUUUCGCCAGAAAUCUUGGGUCAAAUGGCUGCUAUGUGUGGUAUCGGUGGCACAGUGGGUACAAUCAUUGCAAGACGUAUUGCUGUGACAGAUUUACCUCAAUUGGUCGCUUUGUUCCAUAGCUUUGUAGGAUUAGCCGCAGUACUAACUGCUUACUCCAAGUAUAUGAUAGACGUUGAUGUAUUUCCGACAGAUCCCGCUGGUCAAGUACAUAAAGCCGCCAUAUUUGCAGGAACAUUUAUUGGCGGAAUAACAUUUACUGGUUCACUAACAGCAUUUGGUAAACUACAAGGUUUACUGAAUUCCAAUCCUCUCACCUUACCUGGAAAGAAUUAUCUUAAUGCAGGAAUGGCAUUGGCUAAUGUUGGAGCUUUGGCAUAUUACAUGAAAACCAAUGACGUUGGUCCUGGAAUGGCGACACUUGGUAGGUUUUCUUUCAAAUUUUAAGCCCAGAAUGUCGAUAUACAGUGUACACCGUGUGCCCGUUGUUCAUAUUUCAAAAGCUGAUAAAAGAGACCUUCCUUGCAUCACGUUGUUUCGGUUGCACUAUAACCCCGUUAUAUAAAAUAUUGUAAUAUAUGUUUUAUGUUUCCAAUAAAGCUGAUAAAUUUUUAUCUGGAUCAAUUAAAAUUUCAUUUUUAAAGUUUAAAAUUAAACUUAAAAUAGUAGGUUAUUGUGCUAAUCGAUCUGUGAACAAUUGACCUCUGUUAUAUAGCUAAACCGUGCAAGUCUUUUGACUAAUAAUGCAGAACAUGUUUUCUUUUUAAUGGCAAAAGUAGAAACAGUUGCAUGUAGUAUUUGUAGCUUGCAUGUAUAUUUUUAGCUUACAUUUGCAUGAAUACGACCAUAUGAGUACGAGAUUGGUAGUGAACUCAUGCACAAAUCACCAACGGUAGGGUGUUGUACAUUACCUUCACUGCACCCACAUGUUUUAAUCACCAACUGGUACUCUGUUCGGUUUUAUUCGUGAACGCAUUGUUUAAACAAGCGCUAUAAGCAAAUCAGCAUUAACGUUGAGCCAAGAAAGGUGUGAGGACUGAAGUCUGUACCAAGAAAAGGAUCAAUUGGAAUAGUUUGUUUUUGUUGUUGCUGAUAGCUCACUUUCUGAAUCGCAUUCGCUCAAUGAAAAAGCGAGAGUCUACCUAGCUCAUAUUUCCCUAGUAACAACUAGGAACCAAGCUUAAGGUCUAGCGCGGCCCUUUGGUAAAAGGAAUUACAGUACUUCUUCAAAAUAGACUGGGAAAAUGCAAUUGUUUAAAUUUAUAUGUAUAAAUUUAUUUCAUGUGAGUCUGACACUGUAUGUUUAUAUUCAGGUACAACAGGUGUACUUUCAUCAUUAAUGGGUGUUCACAUGACUGCGUCUAUUGGUGGAGCUGAUAUGCCUGUUGUUAUCACAGUAUUAAACAGUUACAGUGGUUGGGCAUUAUGUGCUGAAGGCUUCAUGUUACAGAAUGAUCUUCUUACCAUUGUGGGAGCUUUGGUUGGUUUCUCUGGAGGAAUUCUGUCUUACAUCAUGUGUAAAGCAAUGAACAGAUCACUGGCUAAUGUAUUGUUUGGAGGUUAUGGAACACUGUCUACAGGUUUGUUCUACUUCCUACUACCACGUACCGUUGUUUACAUCUAACAGUGAACAGUUACAGAUAAAACGAUUGUCUAUGCCCACUGUCUGUGUUACAGUUACAGAUCAGUAACAGUAACAGUAACAGUAACAAUAACAGUAACAGAUCAAAACAUUGUCGAUGCCCAUGUGAAACGUUCAUGUUUCUCAACAGCAUUUAACAGGUUUUGAUCUGAUCACUAAAGCCUAGUUCUCAUUCAUCGCAAACUGUCACCGACGAUCGGCGACGCUUAUCGCCGAUACUCGCCGAGCGCGGAUGCACGAAAGUUCUCAUACAUCGGUGAUCGUCGCAGAUGACAGCCGAUGUGUUUCGAAAUUUCCCACCAAGGCACAAAAUGGCCCCAUUCAACGUAAAGUUCAUGAUUUCUGUCAAACUUCAGUUGAUUAUUUCCUUGCUUGUUGAGGAAAAACAACUUUUACUCAUUUCUCAUAGAUUUUUCAAGCAGGUGGCAGUCGGCGAUGGUCGCAAGAAACAAACUUUUUUGUUUCCUGCGAUGUCAUCGCCGAUGUUCGGCGACGAUUACGGACAAUCGGCGAUAUAAUUUUUGAUGUGUUCUCAUAAAUGGCAAGCGGUCGCCGACGUCGCAAAGCUCCCAUCGCCGACGGUUUGCGAUGAAUGAGAACUAGGCUUAACUACACACCUGCAAGCACGCAAGUUGUUACAGAUCUGCAAACAAGUUGUAACAAGGUUGUUGUCAAGCUGAUGUCAGGAUGUGUUCACACAGCUUACUCUCAGUUGUUGUGACAAGUUGUAACAAGGUUGUUGUCAAGUUGAUGUCAGGAUGUGUUCACACAGCUUACUCUCAGUUGUUGUAACAAGGUUGUUGUCAAGCUGAUAUCAGGAUGCGUUCACACAGCUUACUCUCAGUUGUUGUAACAAGUUGUAACAAGGUUGUUGUCAAGCUGAUAUCAGGAUGUGUUCACACAGCUUACUCUCAGUUGUUGUAACAAGUUGUAACAAGGUUGUUGUCAAGCUGAUAUCAGGAUGUGUUCACACAGCUUACUCUCAGUUGUUGUGACAAGUUGUAACAAGGUUGUUGUCAAGUUGAUGUCAGGAUGUGUUCACACAGCUUACUCUCAGUUGUUGUGACAAGUUGUAACAAGGUUGUUGUCAAGCUGAUAUCAGGAUGUGUUCACACAGCUUACUCUCAGUUGUUGUAACAAGUUGUAACAAGGUUGUUGUCAAGCUGAUAUCAGGAUGUGUUCACACAGCUUACUCUCAGUUGUUGUAACAAGUUGUAACAAGGUUGUUGUCAAGUUGAUGUCAGGAUGUGUUCACACAGCUUACUCUCAGUUGUUGUGACAAGUUGUAACAAGGUUGUUGUCAAGCUGAUAUCAGGAUGUGUUCACACAGCUUACUCUCAGUUGUUGUGACAAGUUGUAACAAGGUUGUUGUCAAGCUGAUAUCAGGAUGUGUUCACACAGCUUACUCUCAGUUGUUGUGACAAGUUGUAACAAGGUUGUUGUCAAGCUGAUGUCAGGAUGUGUUCACACAGCUUACUCUCAGUUGUUGUGACAAGUUGUAACAAGGUUGUUGUCAAGCUGAUAUCAGGAUGUGUUCACACAGCUUACUCUCAGUUGUUGUGACAAGUUGUAACAAGGUUGUUGUCAAGCUGAUGUCAGGAUGUGUUCACACAGCUUACUCUCAGUUGUUGUGACAAGUUGUAACAAGGUUGAUGACGUUAACCUUGUGACAAGUUGUUACUGUACAAACAUGAUGACAUCAACAGACUUGCUACAAGUUAUUCCAACAAGACUAAUACUGGCUAUUCGUAACAAGUUGCCACGAGCUUUUUGGCACGAGCUUGUUAACAACUUGUUACGUGCAGUGCGAAUAUGUGUGUGAGUUCACGUUGAUUGCCUGAGUUGAUUAAUUGAAGACUUCAAACGCGUGAGAAUAGUUACGCAGACGAUGGUUCAACGAUCUUUGCCUGAGACAAUGAAAAAAAAAUUAAAGUUGCCCAAUCAAAGAAAAUGUAUUUUCAAAUCAAACAUGUCACUGAUGUCAGCGAAUAGCUGGGAGCCUUCAAAAAAUGCACAGCUAAUGCGAGUGAUCUAUGUGAAUUUAAGCUUCUCACACAAGACAGUAUGUAUCUCCAUUGCUAUAGUGAAGUCGAUGUUGGGUGCAAUACAUACAAAUGUACUGCUUUUUAUCGAAUGGAAGUUGUGACAUUCACUGGUAGCCUUGAAACUCUCGAUAUUUACAGCCAUGCUAUAGUGAGUGAAGUUGAAAGAAUUCCCUUGCUACUGCGCAUGUUCAACAACCACGUCUUCCACCUUGACCACUAUAUGUACUUGCCAUCAUAUGUCUUUUACGUCCUCGCUUGUUGCUCUCAGCUUGCAUCAUGACUUUAUUCUGAUGCUUAUUCUGAUUCCUGCCACUAGAGGUAUUUUGUAGCCGUUUUGGUUUAGUUCCUCGCUCUAACAUCAUUUUGCUUUCUUCAGCGACCAUCAUUAGUCUCCUUUGAUUCCGAGUUAAGACCGUUCCCACUGAAUUGUUUUGAUUUUCAACAAAACCGGUUGUUUCUCUUGACUUAUUUUUCUGUUUUGUGUUAACACCCUCCUCAGAUUGUAAGAGAUCAUCCAUUGUGUCAUAAUCAAUAUUCACAUUCUUUGAAUCCGGUUUAAUCUUGUUUUGUUUUCUCGUCACUGUAAACCAUUCGUCUGUCUGACUUGAGUUUUGUUUCGUACAUUUUCUCUGAGGUCGUUUUUCUCUUACAAAAACCCAGUCACCUGAGAUAACUUUGGAGUCAUCGAACUCCAUCUCACUGCCUGUAGCUGAGUCAUCAUUACUGCUAUAGCUUAGUGCACUCAGUGCACGGCUACCUAAUCUUGUUAACAUAUCAAAGGUGGAACAUUGAGGUAGAAUGAUGCUACAGCUCGAGCAUGGAGGGCGCGCGAACUGCGUGCAUAUUAUGACGUCAUGAAUUACGUCACUUUUCUAAUUGGCUUCAUCGUUACAGGCAGGAACUCCGCUUACGCAUGUUAAGCCCUAGCCUGUGUUGUAAGCUCUGUGACAUAGGCUAGUUAAGCCCUCGUCAAACAAGAAUGAGAGUUGAGGAGCGACAGUUUGCAUGAGCGUUUGCUCAACUCUUAUGGCCCGGUCAAACAAGAACAAGAGUUGCAUGAGAGUUGGUUAGAGUUGAUUGGAUAUUACCGUGCGAUAGCAAAAACUCUUAUCAACUCUCAUCAAAAUUUGAACAGUUCAACACUGGUGAGAGUUGAUGAGAGUGCAUGAGAGUCUAUAAGAAUUGACAAACGCGAGCGAAAGUUGCAACUCUUAUCAACUCUCAGCCUCGUUUGACCGGGGCUUUACGCCCGUUUCAUUAAGUCCUUUAAAUUCAAAAUGUACGGCAAAAAGGUAAUUUAAUUAAUUUAAAAUUUAUUUUAAAAUGAAAUUUCUAUUGCGCUAAUUACAUAAAAAAAAAUAUCAAAAGGGGUAAGAAACAUCCAACAAAAUCCUAAUAUCUUGCGAAAUAUCGUUACGAUUUUAAAUUCCAAUAAAAGAUAGUAGCCUUUUUCAGAGUGCUACACCCCUCACGCAAUUCAACACAAAUCGUCACAAAAUCUAUGCUUUAGCACAGGUUUGUAACCGUAAUUUAAGUCCAAAUUUCUUGUUUUGUUUUGUUUUGUUUUGUUUUUUGUUUUGUUUUUUGUUUUGUUGGGGAAAAAGAAGUUUAUUGAUUUCGCAAAACGUUCGAUCCAUAAGCCCGUGCACAUCUUCGUCGUAGGUAUUCUUAAAUAAUGAGAAGUUGGUCCGUCAACUUCAGUGAUGUUAAUUGUCGGUGGUUCUUCUUUCGUGAGUUGUCGCGUGAUUACGUAGUCCUAAAUGUGUUAGAAAUUUUCGAUCGCAUUUUGUCCAAGGUAUUGUAUGUGAUUUGUUCAUGUUAGCUCAUCUCUUGAUAUGGAGAAGAAUGAAAGAUGGAGAUGGUGGAUUGAAUGGGAUGCAACUGCCUUGAAAAAUAACAAAGAGAACUUCAAAUGUUGUUCUGGAGUUCUCCAUGUUAUUUUUCAGGGGCCAGUUCAGUAGGAAUGUUCGGUAUGAGAAAUUUCCGGUAUCGGUAUACCGAAAAAAUUAUACCGAUAUUAUCGGUAUACCGGUUUUCCUUUGAUAAUUAUAAAGGAAAAUUCUUUAAUGGGAAUUUGAAGGAAAUUUUGAGUAAUUCUAAAAGGGAAAACGAUAAUUUCGAAGCUGUUUCGAACAUGUUUCGAACGACACGUACUCAGUGUAAAAUCUCACCGAAGUGGAAAUUCUAAAUCAUUGCAGUAGAAAGUUCUCUGAAUUGCCAUUCAGUAGUAAAAUAAAGGUUAUGGUUUCGCCUUAUAGUUGGUAAAUUUAACACGAUAUACCGAAAAAUUCCGGUAUAUCGGAAAUUUCGGUAUAUCGGUAUGGUUGAAUAUCCGGUAUCGAUAUACCGAUAUUGAUUUAAUACCGAUAUUUUCGGUAUAUCGGUAUACCGAACAGUCCUAGCCGGUUGUAUAAAACUCUUCACUUUUUUAAUCACUAUUUUGUAGUUAAAUAGUGAUUAACUCUCAAAUACACGCUUCUUAUUGGAUGACGUUUGCACAUAAUUAUAGUUAACUUUAAUCAUAAGUUCUUUGAAUGUUUGCAUGGCGAUAAAAUAUAAUUGUUUUUGUUUGUUUGUGGAAACACCACGUAAAUAAAUUGCAGUAAUAAAUUUACAGUAAUAAAUUAAAUAAAUUUUUGCAGUAAUAAAUUUACGUGGUGUUUCCACAAACAAAAACGAUUAACUUUAAUCACUUUUUUAAUCACUAUUUUGUAGUUAAAUAGUGAUUAACUCUCAAAUACGCGCUUCUUAUUGGAUGACGUUUGCACAUAAUUAUAGUUAACUUUAAUCACUUUUUUAUACAACCGGCCCCAGAUAGUUGCAUUCCUAUCAAUCCGAAACUUUCUUAUUAUUGGUACUACCUACACUGGUACAACUGUGGAGAUGGUGGGUGUUUUUCGCGUGAGUAAGCGUGUUGGUUGCGACUUACAUAACCCUUUGACUUGGUUGAUACUGAACUCAACCAUGGCACAGAGACAGAGAGAUCUGCUGCAAAGGAGGGCAACAGUGCAAAUAAUAAAAGACAUCAUGCAUGAUUUCAAUUCACACGUCCUUUUAAUAACAGGUCCUCUUAUAUUAAAAAUCUGGAGAUUUAGGAAUCGAAAGCUUUGCAACAGGAACCUCUGAACAGGAACUAUAAACGUUACACCAAAACACAAAGCAAUUAACAAAGUUUUAUUAAACCCUACUUGCAGGUUCAGGUGAAAGGAUGAAGAUUGAGGGAACACAUACUGAAAUCAAAAGUGAUAGUACAGUAGAAUUAAUUCGCGAUGCCAAGAAUAUCAUUAUAGUUCCAGGAUAUGGUCUGGCUGUAGCAAAGGCACAGUAUGGUAUUGCUGAUAUGGUCGAUAUAUUGAGAAAGAAUGGCAAAAAUGUUCGUUUUGGUAUUCAUCCUGUUGCAGGACGUAUGCCGGGACAACUCAAUGUUCUGCUAGGUAUGGGGAUGGUUAUAUAACUAAUUUUAGCCUCGGGCCGGUUCAAAAGCCGGUUAGCUUAACCCCAGGGUUAACGUGAAAUUUAAAGCAUACUUCCCAGCAGUUUGUUUAUAUAUAAACUUGGAAAUAUUUUUUCAGAAAUCUUGUCUGGAUCAUCAGAGUUAAGGGACCGGUCAUUAUUUAUGGCAGGGGUGGGGGCCGAAGAGAAAAUGGUGGGGUAACUGAAAAAUAAUAGUUGCUUUAGGUGGGGUGGCCAAAAAAUCCUUGCAUGCAGAGGUGGGGUAAAAAAAUAACCUUACUUUAAUCACACACAAUACAAUAUAUACUACUAUCAGAGUUUAAUAUGUGAUUAUUCUAAUUUUUCAAUAAAAUAUUAUUGCAUGCUUUCCAAAAUGUUGACAGAAACACCCCCCUCAACCCACCCGUAAAGGGUCAUUUUUAUAUUCAUUUACACACAAAAUCUCAAAGACUCCAAUUACCAGACAAAAUAUAUACUGCCUAUAUCUAGGGGCUGUUUAUAUGGUGCAACUGCAAGCCAACCCCAGGGUACCCAAGCUGGCCCAGUUUUGGCAAGAUCCUGUCUUUGUUGUUAUUUCUUACUAAAGUUCACCUUGUGUAUAUAUGGGUAAAGAGCGGGCCCAGCUAUAGCUAAGCGAGAUCCCGCCCCUUUAGCCCGAGAUCUUGCUUCAGGAAAAGUGACCUUAAGUCUGUAGCCCCUAACCCCGGGCAUCCAGCCUCACCCCCAUAUAAACAUCCUCUUGUUACAUAUCUCAAAAAGUAUAUGUACAGUCUAUUAAAUUUUCAGGAUUUAAUUUUUGGGCAUCUACACUUGAUACUGCAUAACCAUUAUGUGCUUGUAAACCAUGUGGACAAUUCAGGUAGCAAAUCAUGAAAUAUGCCCCAUGCCGCUUGUGAAUCUGGAGAAUCAUUCCAAUGGCUAGUUCACAAUAUGUUCAACUCUAGCCUUUGGCAACUAGCUAUUUUUCUUUACUAGCAGAUCAUGUAUACAUGGAUAAAAUAAGAGAAAUCUAUUUACCCGUUUUACAGAUUAAUUUAAUUGUUUAUAUAAUCAUACUUGGAAUUCGGAUGAAUAUCUUUAUCUUCACACUGUAUAACAGCAACUUUUUCUCAUUAAUUUACAGUAACUUUCUAAAUUCAGAUAUUCUCACAUGGGACAAAUACUUUAGUAUCGUUGUAUUGUUUACGAAUUAAAAUAUUAAAUUGAUAUCAUAAACUUCAAGAAUUCCUUGGGAAUUCUUAAGGAAUUCCUUUAAAAUUCCGUGAUAAUACAUCUGAUUGUCUAUAGUAAGGAAAUAUUAAAGGAAUUUCAGAGGAAAUUUUAGAAUUUAGAGAGUUGCAAUCAUGGAUGAGCACAUAUUUUGUGAAACUGUUUCAAAAUAAAAUUGCAUUUUAAUUAAUAAAGAAAUGCAAGAAUGUGAAAGAAACCAAAUUAUAUACAGUGAAACUUUAAAGUGGGAAAGAGAUAGGAUGGUGAAAUACGGUUAGUGUUCUAAAAUAUUGAAGCAUAUGGUUAAUAUAAUUUAUGGGACUAGCAUUGCACUAUCUCGUGAAAAGGGAAUAUAUAUAACGUUGAAUACAAACAAUAAAAACCCAUUCAUAUUUCAAUUUUACAAGUAGACAAAUUUUAAGCCUUCAGAUAACUAUAAUUUUUUAUAUAGUACCUUGCUAUUGUAGGGGUAACCCAUAAUAUAAAGACAUGACUGUUAGUGUGCUUUAAUUACUCCACAAGAAAUAAGGGGCAAGGGAUAUUGGUAAACAAGUAUUACCAAUCAAUCCUAUUCCCUUUUAAUUAUAAUGUCCACUGUGGUCAAAGCACCCUAUAAUAAUUAUUAUUUACUCUCUAACAGCAGAUGAUCUUACUCAUCAAGGGAAAUUUUGUACCUUGAUGAGUAAUAUGCAUACAAAAUACUAAACUGUUUCAUUACAUAUUUUAUGUCUGAACCUUUGACAUUGCAACAAAAUAGGUUUGGGUGGGGUAAAAGAAUUUUCUGGCAUUCCACCGGUGGGGUAGCUAGAAAUUUUGUUUCGAAAAAGGUGGGGUAAUGAUUUUUUCCGGCUUCAUUAUACUUUCUCUUCGGCCCCCACCCCUGCCAUAAAUAAUGACCGGUCCCUAAAUUUCUAAAGUUUUGAAAUAAACUGCAGACAUACAGAUAUUCAUAAAGCAAAGCAAUGAGUUAAAUUUAACCCACGGUUAGCGCUAAUCGUGCUUUGAACCUGGACUCUUCCCAGACCUAGGCAUUGUAUUUUUCACGGUGCUAGUUCUCAGUUUGAAUCCCGUAUUCUUGCAUUCUCCUCGUGAUAUCACAAGCCUACCAGUGUGUUUCACUGAAGUUAUUAUAUAAAAGAUAAUUGUAACUGAAUCCUUUCGCAAGGCCUUCAUUGAGCAGGUCCUAUCCCAAUUUUUGCAGUACUAUAAGCGAUUACGAGUCAACGACACCCCCUCCCCUCCCCUCCCGCCCCUCUCACUCGUUAUAGACUUGCCACAAGUCGACAGACAAAUCAUUCAAAACUAGAGCAUGUUGAUUGUUAUAUUAUGAGUUAUAUACGCUUCAAAAUAAGUUAUUUAUUUCACUUUUUCUGCUUUUUAGCUGAAGCUGGAGUGCCGUAUGACAUUGUCCUUGAAAUGGAUGAGAUCAAUGAUGAUUUUUCAGAUACUGAUUUAGUCUUAGUUAUUGGUGCUAAUGAUACUGUCAAUUCUGCUGCUCAAGACGAUCCAAACUCAAUCAUUGCAGGAAUGCCUGUCCUGGAAGUAUGGAAUUCAAAACAUGUAAGUUCAUCAAUAACGAAGCUUUCUUUUAUAUAUCAUGCACCCCCGUAGAUUUUAUUUUUGUGGAGGCAGCCAAUCUUAUUCAAACCGCAAAACGUCACAACAAAGCAAUCUAUCAAGUAUGGCCUGAAGGUAUUGAAGUGGUUUUACUUAAGGUGACUCCCUGUACUUUAAUUCUAAUAUCUGCAAGUCAUGCUAUGUGGUCAUGUUUAAUUGCAUUGUAAUGGUAUCGCUUUAUAAAUGCAACCUUGGAGACAUCAUGGAGUAUAUAAAGUCCUAACCUAAAAUGAUAAAAGAGUGUGUAUACAAUAUACAUAUUGUUUUUUUAUAAAAUAACUAUGUAGCGUGCCAGUGUGCAUCCGCUUAAACAUGCUCAGCGAGGUUUACAAUAAUAGGCUAUAUAUCUAUAUAAAUGAAGGACAACGACUCGACAAAUUCCAUUUAGCACUCUGCCAAAAGUUUUUAUAAACAAAGAAACCUGAUAGUAAUGUAUAUACAUAUAUAUAUAUAUAGUUCAAGGUAAAAACAAUUGCCCGUUAUGGCUGUCUGGCUGUCGAGGACUUGUUAAGUUUAUAUCCUGCAUGGCCAAGUGUUUGUGCUGGAUUUCAUAAAUAGCUGAUGGUGCACGAACGUUCUGAAUAAGGUGUUAAUUUAUAUGGUGACCAUGCAUAAAUAUAUGAUUUACUAAUGAAAGACAGUAUAUGUCGUGGGUUUAGAAAACUUUGCAUAUUUGUGGUACUGGUAUAUUUUAAGUAUUGUUUUGGAUAUAUUCCAGAAGCCAACGACAUGUUCAUGCGAAGGUUAAGUGAGAAAACCGCAAAAUUAGCAUUAUAAGUAUAUCUGGGUUCCUUCCUGCAGGAAUUUGAAACGUGUCUGUUAAACAUCCGAAAAUCUUUGUACUAUGUGUGGAAGUGUCUUCCUAUAUUGACUAUGAUUUUAUCAUGUCAGUAGCAAAAAUGUUACAUGGUAAAAAUUCAACACAUUUUACAAAACAAUUAUAAAAAACCUUUUGCAUUUUACUAAUACUAUAUAUCUUAUACAGCUAAAUCUAUACUAAGGCAAAAUGUAUUAUAGAGUUCUUCAGAGUUUGAUAUAGUUUUCCUUGCUUUCCAAUACUAGCAUUUUGGUGGGAUAAAAGAUCGUCUUUUUGUUUCUUCUGGCAUAGGCAGCCCACUAAACGACUGAAUUUAAAUUAAAACUGCAGUGAAAUUAUAACAUUUACGAAAAUAAUCACAAAUUUGUGAUUAUUUUCAUCAAUUUUAUAAUUUCACUGCAGUUUUAACAUAAAAUUAAGUCGUUUAGUGGACUGCCUAUGCUUCUAGCGGUUUUAAAUUUAUUUCCUAAGCAGGAUCUAUGAAGAAAUUUUGAAAAUGAUAUGAGAUCGUUUCCAAUACCCACGAACAGGUUCUGACCAUUCGUCCACAUUGAUCACAUUCCACAAGUGUUCAAAGACCAAAAACCUAAACUUAACUUAACUGUACGCGUUGUUCAAAAAUAUACAUACAAUAUACAAGGAAACUCACCAACAAAGAAUUAUUAAUCUUAUUAUUAGGAUGACAAAAUUACUGGAUGUUGAUUGGUUGAGAGGAGUACAAUUAUUUCAUUAAUUGUAUUGCAGUACAAUUAAUGAUUUCCCCAAAACAAACAAAAUGGCGGAAAGGUAUUUUAAACACAAAUGUGAAAUGAAAUUGCCCUUGAGGAACUAGAUGAAAAUACGAACAAAAGCACCAAAUUUUGCUUUAACAAAAGAACUAAAUGAAAAUACGAACAAAAGCACCAAAUUUUGGUUAAACGUCUGGCAAGACUGGUCUUUGGCGAGAGAAUAUAUGAUGUUGACAUUGAGAAGUAUCCAAUUUUGUCAUGCUAAUAAUAAACAAGUAAUCAUGCGAUGUUGCUCGUACAAUUAGGGAUUAAUAGUACGAGUGAUGUUUGGAAAUUUUGCCAAAAUUUGGUGCUUUUGUUCGUAUUUUCAUCUUGUUCCUCUAGGGAAAUUUCAUUUCACAUUUGUGUUUAAAAUACCUUUCCGCCAUUUUGUUUGUUUUGGGAAAAUCAUUAAUUGUACUGCAGUACAAUUAAUGAAAUAAUUGUACUCCUCUCAACCAAUCAGCAUCCAGUAAUUUUGUCAUGCUAAUAAUAAAACAAUAAAAACAUUAAAUUUGACAAACAUUUGGUUAAAAAUACUUUAAGACAUAUUAGUAAAAUUAUAUAGUGGCAUAUUAUUUUGGCUUAACAAUACACCCUUCCAGAAAGUACGUCACUUUUGCUAUACAGCCUCGUUUUCUUAAUCGAGACGCUUGCACCACAAACACGAAAGCGAGGCUUGCUAUCCCAUUUGAUCCCCCCCCCCCCUCCCCAAGAGAGUUCAUAUUUAGUAGCCAGUCGAAAUGUCCCAGGGGAAGUUGAAGUUAUCACGACCAAGUUAUCGCCACUUGUGCAAUAGCUCCAGCAGAUAUCUCUUAAUAGAGCGUCAUGUUCUGCAUCUGAAGUCGAUUGACGUCUGGUAAUAAACAAUUAUUGGAUGAGAAUGAAUUGUCGUUUCCCUGAAUAAGAUCACAACAUAUGCACAGCCUCAUCCAAUAAUUGUUGAUUAUCAGUUGGUGCCCUGCAAAUUUAUAUUAAACUACAAUAUUAAUGUAUAUUAAACGAAUAAACAACUAGAACUAUAUUAUACACACGCUGUACUAUACACAACAUGCUUGAAAAUGAAAUGCAUUUUGUACUUCAGGUCAUUGUUAUGAAGCGAACGUUGGGUACGGGCUAUGCUGAUGUUGAUAAUCCUGUCUUCUAUAAACCAAAUACAUCGAUGUUAUUGGGAGAUGCAAAAGCCACAUGUGACAGUCUACAAAAUCUGGUACAGUCUAUAUAUAAAUGAAAUAAUCCAAUCAUAUAGUAAGUAAUGAACAGUAUUAUCAAUAAUAUAACUAUGUCUUGUUUUGGAUCAUGGUAGCUAGUGCGUUUUUACAAAAAUGCGUAUAUUAUUAUAUAUGAGUGAAAUUUUCAUGCUUUGAAAUUUAUAUUGUCGAAUAUUAAAUAAUUUAAUUGUUUUAUGUACUUGCUGUAUAAUUCGUAUUUUAUAAACAUUUGCUGUGGAAUAUCAUUUGUUUGUACAAAGCAGUUUAUAUUAAUGAAAGUCCACAUCGUGGAUUACCGUCGGUUGCAUCUAAGAAUGGACAGUCGCAGGUAAGAACUGUAAAGUCUAGAUUUUGUUUUUAUUCCCUUAGAUAUUUUUUUUAUUCUCUUAAGUCCCUUAGAAUUGUUGAUACAAGAUUGCUUAACCGAGAAUAUAAAUUUUCAUUGCCGGAUAAUAUGCAAUAAAGCGUAAUAUAUUGUAAAACACCGUUUCUCCCGGUUUACAAUUAUGACGUCAUAUGGGAGCCUUUGGAAAAUGUUAUGACGUCAGAGGCCCUUUGGAAAAUUUCUGCUCCAGGCCCCCGCAACCUCUCGGCGGCCCUGUGGGCAGGUACAUGCAGUAUAAAGUCUUUUUUUCUGUAUGGACACAGAGUACUUGCAGGGAAAACCGUAAGGUAGUUUUUACCAAAAUAGCUGGCGGCCAUGUUCUAAGUGUCCUAAACCCCCCUGGAACAUUAAAGCCAACGUCUGAGAGCCUGUCAGUUUGCGAGUACCACAGUUGAUUUUUAAAUUAAAUCUUCUAUUAAACUUCGGAUUACCGCUGGUGUUCUUUUAGACAAUCGAGCUUCGAACAAUCUUGCAUUGAGAUAUAUGCAACGACUUGAUAGCCUAUCAUGAUAGUUCUGACGCUCAGUAAAGAAAUAUGUAUAUGUAAGUGGAUUUCUGAAAGCAUUUUAUCAUUCAAUAGAGCUGGUGAUUACCUGCAGUUAUCAGAAUUAAAAAAAAUUAAAUUUCUUCAAAUAUAUAAUACCUCUCAUUUUAUGUAGCUUAUAGUAAUUUUCAUUUGUUGUGCUGGUGACCAGCAUCUGCUGCCUCGUAUUGAAAUUUAUCAAUAUGAUUUAGUUUUGUAUUUGAAUAUUUGUUUCAUACUUAAACCUGUUCUCCAAGAUUAUAGAAAUUACGAAAUGUGUUGUAAAGCAGGAAAAAACGCGGUAAGUUUUGUUGAUAAAUUUGUGCAGUCGAUUGGAUGGUAAGGUGAGUGCUUGGGUGCUCGGCUGAAUAUUUUCUUAUUGGUUAACUGUUUUAAUUAGUUCAUUCAAUGAUAUUUGGUAAAUGAUUGACUAUUGAUAACACAAAGGUUGAAAAUACACAAAGAGCCAAAGCAAAAGACGUCUUUCACCAGAACAGCUUUCUAUUACAAUUUAUACACGUCUUUUAGUUUUAUAAUCGUUAAACUCGGUGUAUUUAUACAUGUAUUUUGUCAUGCAUGUAAAGACUAUAGUAAAUUAUAUGCUAAACUGCAUGUUAUAUACUUAUAUGCUUGACUAAUAUUGACUUAUCAAAUCGAAACAUUAAUCGAUUAUUAUGAACUAUAGAUAUAAUAUAGGUAUUUCUAAAUUAUAUACGGUUUAAAUUAUUUGCAAUCAUUGCAUAAAUUAUAAAGAGUAUUCUCGAACGGUCAGUGCAUGUAGGUAUAUAACAGCGAUAACAAGACAGCUGCGAGAGAGAUAUAUACAACUACCUGAAAAGUAUAAGCUGAAACUUCGACGUUUCGAGCGACACCCCUAGCUUUGUCGGAAAGUUCACUGGCUGUCUUAUAAACAAUAUAUUAGUAUUGUUGAAUUUUGCGUCACAUGCAUUAUGCAUGCAUGAUCUACUGUAAAUAUCUUGCGUGUUGAGGUGCCAGUGUAGGUUUAGCGAGGAAUAUAUAUAAGUAACGGGAUCGGAUGUUGGAUGCAAGCUCUACACUGUAGACUACUGUAGACUACAGCACAUGCAGUAAACAACUGGAUGUAGAUGAUAUUCGUGAAGAUGCAUGUGUACUGUUCACCGACAAUUGAAUGAUGAAUUAUAGAAAUACAAAGAGUUAAUAGUUAUGAAAUAAAUUUUGUUUUAAACGAGUAAAACGCUGACCUUGUUCUUGUUUUAUGAAUAACGUUUACCUAAAAUGACUCUCUAUCAAAAUUUGCGUUGCAAAUUGUAGCAAAAAUUGCGUCAGCUAGUCUUAAGACUAAAGCGCGCUACUUUUUACUAUUUUUUUACUACUUUUUAAGACUAAAGCGCGCUACAUUAGUUGUCCGUUAGUCCGUGAUUGUUGCAUGCAUGCGUGCAGGAAAUGUUUUUCUAUGACGUGAAUUGCAUUUAUUAACAAUAUUUAAGAUCUUUAGCAUGCAAUAUUUUUAUAUAAUCCCUGCAGUAUGCAUGUGUAAGAAAGGAACAACGUAAUUAUGAAACAUAUUAAGGUUAAUGAGUUAUAUAUUACAAUAUAUAUUUCUAGACUAACGUUCUGCCGACCACAUCAGAACGACAGAACCUGAAAUAACGGUCGGACAUGGACAUUUUACAUUUUCCAGACAAAUUACAAUUUAACCGAUCAAAUACACAAUUGUUCAAUUUUAAAGCAGUUUAACUAUAUACUGUAUAUAUAUAUAAUGUUUGGCUUAUAGUUUUAUAUGUCUUUAUUAUAACAUGAUGUACGCCAUUGGACCGCACCUGGAGCAAUAAUGGAAAUGGAAAGAAAAAAAAAUGUCCGACCAAAUGUGAAAGGUUCCGAUCAAAUUUCAUUUUUGUCAGACAUAUUUUCUAGACAAUUAUUGAACAUUAUUGCAGGCUCUCUGCGCCACUGAGUUCUGUCUUGAACCUUCAUUUCAUCUGUGCACAUGCAGUGUAAAAAUACAGUAUACUCAAAAUUUUGAGUACACUAAUAUAUGCUAAUGUAAAUUAUAGUAUCCUAACUCCAACUAUGUAGUAAUAACAUAGUGCUCAGUUCAUGAAGUGCAUGUUUGAGGAGAAGUAAUGACUGUAAUCUGUAUAGUUGAACUUGUGUCAUGACUCGAGUGCAUGCAUACAUGUGUUGCCAUGACAGUCUUUAUAUAAAACUAUUCAUUAGUUAGCACUUUUAAAAUUAGGUAGUAUUAACCUAAAGAACGGUCUCUUUAUUUCCCCUGACUCAGUAACACUAGAAAUAUCGUCAACAGGAUGUCGAGUCAAUCGGAAGGCUCGACGUAAGCAAGCAUGUCGACUUUCCGCCAAGUCCUUCGUCUUUGUUCAGAAACAACAACAAGAAAGGAAUUUGAGAACGACGGAGAAACAAUUAUGCAGGCGUGUUACGUCAAAAGAAUUAAGUGACUGAAUGGCAUCUCUCGUAUAUAGAUACAAUGACAUUAACCAGUUGUUAGGAGCCAUUGGCUAUUGUAGGUUGAGUGUUGGGUAUUACGUACAGGAUGGGUGAUAACCCUGCACACACUUGAUGUGUUUGACAACUUAUGGAAGAGUUGUGGGUAGUUUUCUCCUGAGGCGAUAACAUUUUUACCGGAUCAUGUUUGAGCUAAGUCCCUUGCAAUUCGGCAUCCAGCUACAAGAAAUGAUCUAAUGGACAUAUUUCUCCCCAUAUAUACAUGAACGAAACUUGAUAUUUUUUAAAUAUGUAGAUAGAAUUUGCUAGUUGCUUCCUCCAUAACUGUCAUUUAGUCCUGUAGUGCAAUUUACAUCCUGUAGUGAUGUUCUAUAGUAUGUAGUGUUGCUGUUCCGCAACCUUUUAUACGAAUUGAAUGAAGUGAAGAAAACCAAUUUGUAUCAGUGACUGCUCUUAUGUUAUGACGCAACUAUAAUUCUUUGAAUACUGUGACUAAAGAAGUAUAAUUGAGCAAGAUUUCAGGCCUCAUGAACUGCUCAGCAACCGUGCAAAAACUUUAGGUUCAAUAUUAUGGUAGUGAAAACAGGCUAUAGAACAAAAAAAUACGUUAGUUUUCAAUUCCUAAAGUUUGCAUGACUAUGUUGUAGGUGUAAACAGUGCAAUUGAGCUAAUGGACGUAGUUAAGUUAAAAGCUAUUGUAUGUGUCAGUUCUUUAUCUGAUUUAGUAAAUAUUUAUGCAAACGUGUGGCUAUUUAUAGUCAAGUGUAUGUGAAACUCUUGUCUCAAAAGAAACAUUAAGUUCAAUUAUUGUUAUUAUGAUUUAAGUAAAAUAUUUACCACGCUAUAUCGCGUGUUAGGUUGCAAGAUGAUUUGUAUAAUAACGUGUAUUACCGUGAAAGUACCUAAACUGACAUGCAGUGUCACAACUACAUACCCGUCAGCUACUUCAAUCUAAAUUGGUAAUUAUAAAGAAAGAGGGCAUUAUCAAUAUUGGUAAUAGAGACCAUGUACUGAGUGAGGGAGUAUAUAACUCGGUAUUCCAACGGGGGAAAAAAUUGCAAAUAUUAUAUUAGACUUUUACAAUAUAGGGCAGUAUUGGCAACAGCGUCACCCGGUAUAUAAGUUGCACGAAAAGUUAUAUGCCAUGUAAUUUGACAUUGUAGAUCUGAUAUUCCAUUUCCAAUUCUUAAUUUAAGUAAUAAUAAUGAGUUUUAUUAUAUAGUAGAGAGUGAGAUACUGAAAAUACACAUUGAGGUAGUUUCCAUAUCUUCACUAGUACCGAGACACUAGUGAAGAUAUCGAUCACGUGACUUUUUCCAAUAUUGCUUUUGAGCGUGUAAUUUCACAAUUUUUUGCUUGGGACUAUAUAAUAAACAGAACAUUACACGGUGGCUAUAUUGUUUUCACCACUCGAAGAUAAAAGUCGUAUCUUCGCGCCGGCCGUGUAAUAUCCUCUAUAUAUGUAGCGCUACGUCUAUAUGUCCAGUGUAAAGGCCCGUACGCGGUCAAACGGACCUAGCAAUGUUGGCCCAACAUCAUGCAACAAUCAAGUAAUAUUUGGUUCAACUGCUUUAUUUUUCAAAUAUUUUGGAUAAAACUACAAGAUUUAUCCUAAUUAAAAAUCUGUGCUUUAAAAAUUUGUAAACGAAACAAGAUAAAACAUUAUUGAUAAACGAAACAAUAAUACAUUAUAAAUAUUUGAAAAUUGUUUAAUGGUGUUGGGCCAACAAUGUUGCGUUGAUUUGAAUGGGCCUUAAUGGGUUUUGGUUGCUUAAUUAAGGCUCUUCAGUGAUCUAAUAUAAGAUACGAUCUAUAUUGGUAUGUUCUUCCCAACUCUCAGAUACAAAAUAGCUGCGCCAUGUCUAUAUAACAACUGAAUAUAGCAAAGAGUUUAUAAAUUCGCCAGUCCAUGUUAAUACGUUUCAUGCAGCUUUUCUUUAUUUAUACCAAAAGAAAAAUGAAAAUCCAGAUUGAUCAAUUCCCGGCCGAGGAACGCAUAUUAGUUCUCUUAUUCUCUCAGUCCUGUGAAGAAUACGAAGAUUAGAAUAAGUUUUAUGGUAUAUGUUCAGAAUUUUUAACGUGAGUUUAAUGGUAUAUGUGUAGUAAAAACAACGCGACCUAUAGCAUUUCUGCUCAGACUUGGAACUUUAGAAGUAAUAGAGUUAUUAUGCAGACUAUAUAACUUUGUUUCAGUAAUUACGUGCGCGACAAAACAAUUGUUGAAAAAUGUCUUAACAUUAGACUCCUACUAUAUUCAUUUGCAAACAACAACACAGCAUGCGGCUAUGGGUGUUGUAUGCAUAGACAUUACGGCUUCAAGCCAUAUCCACUCUGCACAAAACCUAAUAACUCACGAAAAUCUAAACUUUUCCUUAGAAAUUUUCGCAAAAGUAUUCCCAAAGAUAUUUGGGAUUGACAUCGUCCUUCGAAUUUAAUGACAUUCAACGAACAUUGGAAUGGUUCUUUUGAACGCUGAAAUUGUUCUUUCAAACACUGAAUCAUUCUAAUUAUAUAUAAGUAUUCGAAAGAUUCAUUCUGAUAAUGAUUAGAAAAAUGCCAAUGUUUUUUAUAGAACAACUUCAGCUUUUAUAGAACAACUUCAAUUUUAAUGACUUUUAUUUGCACUUUCAUUUUCGAUAUUAAUGGCUACUGCAGUGGUCGUGUGCAUGGUCUUUAUAUGUGGUAAUAAGUUCCCUUGCUGGAUACGUCAGGUGCACGCAAACAUAUAUUGCUCAAGUAUAUAUAGCGGAUGUACAGCAAUUCCGGGAUCCAUCAACUUCAAAAAAUCCAUGACAAGUGCCUGCCAAGUAUAGCGGAAAAAUCUAGCCUGGUUCCAAACGAAGUUAAUAUAGAUCGAGUUAUAGAUCUUUAGUUUAAUAUUAUAAAACGAAAGUCAGUUUCUAAGUUAACCUUAGGGUGGCUGUUGUGACGAGUUGUUCAUUAUCUUUUCUUUGUGCAAACAAUAGCGAGCUGUCAUAAUUAUCUUAAAGAAAAUAUAUACAUAUUUACCAAUCAAUGACGGCUCAAUGACCUAUUAACAUAUCUAUACCAUAGAGGGGUUUUAUUUGCUAGACGACUUGACAUUGUUGUAGUCUAUUUUGAGCUGUUUGCAAGCAAUUACACCAGCGUCGGCUACGAGUCACAUCUUUACCCAGGUAAGGAUCUUAGUUCUAUUUACCCUCUAGUUAGCUAAGUCAAUAUUGAAUAAUACUUUUAUUUAAUUUUUCAUUAAAUACAAAAUAAAGUUUUUAAUGCGUGAUAGUCGUGGUAGGAAGGUUGAAUUUUUUCCUCGUAUCGUUCGCGCUGUUAAAUUGUAAAUGGUAGCGGUUCGAUUUAUUGACUCUUUGUCCGCCGUUUUGUAAGCGGUAUUUCGUGCUUCGGUUCAGACAUGUAUAGCUCUUGCAAAGAAAACCAUCCGAGGGUGACUUCUACCUGUCUGUUGUUCACUUUUAUGCUUCACUGGCCGAAAACAUAACUGUUCCACUGUGUGAUACAUUGAGUCACUCGCCUGUGUUCGCUAGUGUAAACACUGUAAUAUUGUCCCUCACUUUUUCGCCACGCUAUUGCAGCCAUGUGCGAUAAAACAUUAAGUUGGUUUCGCUAAAUACAUUUCAAGUCGUCCUUGUGUACGCUUUCUUCCUCAACCACCUCCGCUUUCUGUAGUGCCGAGAAAAUUCUCCAACUUUGAACGGUUAAACAAUCGUUAGUCCCGCUUUGACCUUUGCUGGCGUUUUGAAGGAAAGCAGUAACCAUUUCAAAGUUUUACCAGUAUGUAACAACACUACCUGGUAGUUUUUCUGCGUUUAGUGUUGUGCAGUGUGGGUUGAUGUUUUGCAUACUUCAUUAAUUCUCGAUGAAAGCGUUGAGUGUAAACUGGCAAGUUCGGAAACACGCUCAGUGAAUCGCUAACUAAGAGUAACGAAACAUUUAAUAUAAAUUUUGUAAUUAUAUAAAUGGUUUCAUGGAUCACAAAGCGUACAGCCUUUUACAGGAUGAAGUUGUGAAAAAUCUUAAAACUACGGGGAAUGACACGUAGCCAUUUGCCGUUUGUAUGGAAUGAAGUCUAAUUAUAUAGGAAGGCUUAGUCUUAGUUUAAAAUAGUUUAAAGCUUAACGAUACAUAUUCUCCCCCAGUUUGUUCUUAGGGUAUUCUGACCCAGCAUCAUGAAAUAGUUAUCUUUCUUUCGAGAAAUUUCUCAACUCGAAAUUGAAUAGUUUCCCUCUCACUGUUACGAGAGCUUUUGUAAAAUACCGCAUUUUAUAAACCUUGAUAUUUGUGUAGAUUAUAUACUGGCAACAUGGUGUUCUUUAUAAUCUGUAGUUGAAGACUUUCGACUUCUUAAGAUUUUAGUGUUUGCUUGGGCAUUACACUAUGACUAUGUAUAACUGAUAUUUGGUUUUGUGAAAAUAGGCUUAAUUUUGAUGCUACAUCAAUUGAUAAGAAAGGCGGUAGAUAUUUAGACUUUAGUACUGUAAGAUGCUAUUAUAAGAGUGAUAUGAUAUUGUGGCAUAUACCUAGACUAGUACAAUAUCGCUAAACCUGUUAUUUAUGAUACGAACUCUGUUUUCAGUUGUUUUAUAAAUCUUCGGGAUUUGGAUAAAUCAACUGGUGUAUUGACUAUUGUGUGAGGAACUCAAAUUCGUAAUUGGCAUUCCAUUACUGCUUCUCUAGCUCAUUAUUAUUCAAGAGUAUAACUCGAUAGUUUGCUAAAUAGCUCUUAAUUGCUGUUUUGAUAGCGUUUUGGUAUAUUUCCUACACAGAUGUACAUGUACUUUCUUGUUCAGUGAACUGUGUUUUUUAGAUGGUAGUGAAGCAUACUAUACUGCGUUCAACAUAUCACGUCAUGUUAAAACGGAUGAACGUCUCACUUGAGUGCAAUAUUAAUAAUGUUGUGCGGUGUUUGUUUGAUUGCUCAAAGCUCGAGUAAUUAAUUUCCACUAAGUAGCUUGUAAUGAUAUUAUUUUCUUGGCAAAAGGUUUUCACAUAGUUUAUGAAAGAAAUAGAUCUACUUUUGAAUACAGGUUGUGCAUCGUUAAGUAUUAAUCUCCCUAGAAUAUAAUAUAAUCUGCACUAAGUCUAUAUAAAAAAACUUAAAAAGACAGUUAAGUAUCUGCAUGACUCAAGCUCUCUAUAGUCAAUACUCAAUGGACACAAUAUACUUCCAAUCAAUGCAGCUUACAAGUUUUAAAAAUGCCAUUUAUUUAUAUGAAGAUAUAGUAAUGAAAUUUCCUUUACUCUUUAGACAUAAAUUUUGAUCCUAACUGGGCUAAGCCAUGAUCAAAUUUGGGGGAAGCAUGUAAUCUGUAUGUACUAUUUAUAGUGUAUAUCGACAUGUAAUAUGAGGGGAAAUGGCAGAUAUAAUAAGUUGAACUUAUCUUCUUGAAACCGUAUAGUGAGGGUGUAACUUUCCAUUGCAAAUUCAUUAUGCCUUAGCCUUAGGGUAUAGUUAAAGUGAUUUAUAUCAUAACAAAAUGUAAUAUUUAUUUUUAUAAAUGGCAAAUGGUAAUGGAAGGACUUGUAUUUGUUGGAAAUUUCUUACGAAAAAGCAAGCAACAGUUCAUGACAAGUGAAAUUGGUUAUGCCAUUGCAAAUUCAUUAGGGGCGAACCAUUAGAAAAGUGAUUGGGGGGGGGGUUGUGGGGGGGGGGGGGGUUGUCAAAAAAAAAUCGCGCAGGGGAAACAGAAAGAAGAAAAACAUUCGAGCACCAAGAACGUUUGGGGGAAAAAUUGGUGCAGAGACCUCUCAAUAGAAAAAUUUAUAAGUUAAAAUAAAAAAAAUCGUGGAAGGGAUUAUAUUUAAACGUUAUCGACACAAGCCAAAAAUUUAAAAAAAUAUUCGUGCAAGUUAAAAAAAGUCCUCCUUCCAUCACUUUUCUAAUGGUCCAACAUUAUCUUCAUAUAAAUGAAUGUUAUUUGGAAUAGGUCCUUGGUUGGGAAUGUGGUAUAAAAGUAUUUUAUAUAAGGAUUUUAGUUUUGUAUCUGCAUGCAUGAUGAUUGAAUCUCUUAAGUUGUUUGCAUUGAGUAAAUAAUUGUUCAUUAUCCUGAUUUGUAAAUUGUACGUUUUUACAAGUGAGGCACGUAUCCUAUUCUUCUAGACUAAAAUCAAUAACCCUCAAAUCCUACCCAAAUAAUUCAUAAUCUUGUUUUUCAUGUGCCAUGCAAUAAUCCGACCCAAAAAAACCCAAAUAACCCUAAAACUCUGCAUGUUAAUAUAUUUAAUUUUAUUUUCUUCCACUUGGGUUCAAAUAGUAACUAUUAAAAAUACGACUUAGGCCAUAAUUCCUGUAAGUAGUGUGAUUUAUUUCACAAAAUGUUAGUGUUCGAUACCAUAAGGAUAGAGCACAGCUUGCCUCAAAAUCACCUCACCAGUACCGAACAGUCACCUGUAGAUCCCCACCACAGAAUAUACAAAAAGGGCAUAGGUGAUAGUAGACUUGCUCCAAGUCUCUCUUUCAUUGUCAUAUAGUAUCGAUCCACUAUAGUCUACAUUACAUGACGUAGUAUGGAGGGGCGGAGCGAGAAAGAGAGACUUGUCAACUUCGGAAAUUCUCGGUUCAAAACUGAACCGAAAAUGCAAGACUUGCUUUAAUUGUUUUCUGUCAGUGUUUAUAUGUAUUGAUCUAACAUAGUGUAAAUAACACGAGUUCCAUUUAGUAAAUAAUACAGAAAGAAAUUGAAGGAAAACAAUUAAAACGAGUCUUGCAUUUUCGGUUCAGUUUUGAACCGAGGUUUUCCGAAGUUGACAAGUCUCUCUUUCUCGCUCCGCCUCUCCGAGCUACGUCAUGUAAUAUACAAUAUAGUGGAUCGAUAUGACAAUGAAAGAGAGACUUGGAGCAAGUCUAAGGUGAUAGAAGAGGAAACAAGAUAAACUCCCAAUUGAUAUACUCCCUUUUACAUAUGUACAUUGGUAACUAUACAGAUGAUGUCAAAUUACCAAGCAUUGGCACAAAUGUGCACCCAAAUGUACACCUUGUACAAAUGUACAAUUUAAGAAGGGCAUAGGUGACAGGAGAGGAAACAGGAUAAACUCCCAGUUGAUAUCCUCCCCAUUACAUAUGUAUAUUGGUUUUCUAACUAUAUAGUUGAAACAUUGGCACAAAUGUGCACCUGCUCCAAUGAAUCAGCAUUGUGCAGACAUUUAACUGAACAAUAGACCACCAACUGUUGUGUACCAUGUAGACGUCGUCCUGGAAUGCGUCUCUAGAUGGAAUAGAUCAGGUCGAUGUUGUUGAUUAAUGCACGUCAUUAAGCUUUGGAUUAGACAAAUGUACCAGGUUGGACUGUUUAUGUAAUACGUUAGAGCGCAGAGUGUAUAGUAAUAUGUUAAAGUUUUAAAACGUCAGUACAUAAAGUCUAGGUAAUAAUGACAUAAAAAGUAUACGAAAUGUGAAAUAAAAACAUUUAACGUGAAAAUCCAGCCACAUGCAUGUGUAAUGAACAAAGAAUCAUGUUCUAUAAAAAACUUCUUCAGGAUCUAUCUAUUCCCUUUUUCCUAUCCCAAUGGAAAUGCAAUUGAUACUUGUCAAGCACAAACUAAGAUACAAUUUUAUACCAAAGCUGAGGAUGUAUUAACAGUAUAAAUAGAAUAACAGCAUGAGUAUAAUAAACACAAAAUAGAAUCUUCACACAAUGUCACAGGGAGACCAGAAUCUUCUCAAUGAAGAUCAGAAUUUUGCAAAUAAUUGAUUAUCACUAACCAGUGUCCGCAUAAACAAACAUCCCAAUUAGGUUAAUAAAGAUUGAAAAUUAUAGGAUUUCUCUAUUCUUGGACAGAAUUUGGUGCAAACCACCUAAAAAUUAAUUUGUUUUGUAGAAAAACCGAGAAAACUCCAGAUCUUCAUCAUGAACGUGAUGUUCAUUACAAAAAUAUAUCAAUUAUGUAUUUAUUGCUAUGCAAAUGUAAAAGGAUUUUCUAGUCUGAUUUAUAAAAGGUGCAUGUAUAUUUCUGACGAAACAACUUUUUGGUGAUACCUUGGUAAUAUUAAUAUGUAUAGAAAAACAAUCAUGAUAACGUUCAUGAAAGAAGGUGAACUCUCUACAGCUAUUAUGAUAAGUUGCCACAUCCAAUUUAUUAAAUUAUUCGUUCUAAAUAUUCUGGUGAAAACUAAGUAUAGACUGUAUAGAUAGAGAGGAACAAAGGUAAGUUAAAGAUGGCAGCCUCCUACCAGGAUAAUGGUACUUGAACUUUUGAAUGCCACGCCUACCUGGCUGGCCUCGCAGACUUUAUGGCUCCAGUACUCCAAUUUAGAAAGAAAAUAGGAGGACGUCAUUAAGUGUACAUAGAAAGACUAAAUAUAUUCACGCAUACUGUCAGACUGUACUUUGGUGAAAUAACUAUAGUACAGAUUAUUCAUAGUUAGUAUAUUCUGUAAAACUAACAUUUGGCUGUUCCAAAUAUAAGACACCCAAUGCAAAUAUCAGCACAAAGAUAAGCCCAUGCAUGGAUAGGCUGAUUCAUGGACUUCUGUCAAGGAAAAUAUGUUGAUGCUGAAUACUCAUGUUUAUAUGUUAUGAGUGUUUUGAAACAAAAAAGUGAUGUAAAAAGAAUGGUGCAACGUCUUUCUGGAUAUAUUGUCUUCUUGUACACUCGACUAACGAACGUAACACGUUCUUUUAGUUUAUUAAUUAAAGUUGUUUUUGACAGUGUUUCAAUAAAAACAUGCAAGCAAGUACAUAUGUACUGUAUAUACGCCCCUGAAAAAGAUUAGGGCACAGUAUAUUGAAGGACGAGAGAGAUUGUUAAUGAAAGAAGAUAAGAAAAAUCAAUUCAAUUGUGCAAAACUAUAUCAACACUAAUUUUCUUUGCCGUUGGCUUUGGAGAUUUAUAAAUUCCUUUUAUAGUUUUUGUUGCAAUCUCACAGUUUUUGUGGAAUUGUCAAUUUAUAGUUUAAUACCUGUAAAUGUUCAGUGUUUAGUUAAAGCGGAAGUUUAUAGCAUGCUACAAGACUGCAUAGAUAUAUUCAGUUAAUCUACUUUCAUUAUUGAAUUAUGUAUGGAUUACUUCAACUUGUACAAGAGGUAUUCAGACCCAUUCAGUACUUCUUAACAGCAAUAUAUUCCAAUAAAUGCAACAAUUAAGACAAUAUGUAUCUUCUAUAGUGAAGUGACAUUGCAUGUAACAAAGCAGACAGAUACUUCGCGGAAUUACCUUGUAUAAUGUUAUAUACUCCGCUUUAGAUCAUUAACCUUAUAACCUGAUUCAACUUAUAUUUAGACAACAUAGUCAAUACUGUAAUUUUCUGUUUGAAAAGAAAACAAUAUAUCAUGGCCAUGGGGGUAUAAUAUCACGCGUAUCGACUUCUUUAUUGAACAAGUAUAGCAAAGGACGUCGGGAUCGUGUUCUCUCUUGCUGCGCUGUUCGAAUCAUGUUUAAUCAGUAGCUUGACUUCAGUAAUUUUUCCCAGUAUUUGGCUGUUUUCCAGCGUUUCCUAAAUUUUCGUUUACGCGUUCAUCUGUGUUAUAUAUAUAUAUGUGAUCCUUAAUAGUAUUUGGAAUGUUGGACAUAGUAUCACCAACUGGGAAGGCACAAUAAACUCGUUUCCUGUAUUGUUUUGUUGUAAGGGAGGUAUUUUUUCUUUGAUUAAAACUUUACAUAACUCGUACUUCAUAAGCUCUCUGUAUUGUGCCCUCAUUGCUGGACCAGCAUCAGUUUAGUGCCACAUGCACGUGCAGCAAAUGUUAAACAUUGAAACUCUGCCACAUGCCACCGCUGCAUCACGAGAAGGUCGCAUACGUUUUGACUUUGAGGGCCUGCGAAGGAGGGCAGACACAAUCACACAAAACAACCAGUAGUGCUCAGUCUUCAAAUGAUGACUGGUUGCAUGGUAAACUGAAACUUUAUUUUGGUAAAUACAAAAUUACUGUCAAACCAGUUUCUUCAUUAUAUUCUAUUGUAUCACUAAAUUUAUAGUUUACACUAAUAUUAGAAAUAAAAAAUAAAGUACAGUGUAAAUUAGGAAAGCUAUUUAAAUAGUAUGAUUAAUGGGGCGGACCAUUAGAAAAAUGAAAGCAUUGGCGGGUGGGGGAAGAACAGAUUGUAUAGGCUAAUAUAUCACUUAUAGAACACUACAGUGACUACACUUCACAAAAAAGAACAAUUUUUCACUAAAUUAAUCUGAAAUUUAAGUUAAAUGAAGUUAUUUAUUCCAGAAAAUUGAUUAUGUCCAUCUUGCCGGAACUAAUAUGAAACUUUGAAACUUUUGACCUAACAUAUACCUUCUUAAAGAAGAUGAUUAAUAUAUGAUAAGGAACAUCACGAAGCUCGAAGUUGAUGCGUGUGUGGAUUUACAACAAAAUAUCUUUGUCAACCAAAAUACAUAACAAUUUUGUUUCUUCCUUUGCAUGGCUGCAGAUUCUUCCUCUGUAUAGUUAUCAAGUACCACGUGUACGUCUUUGUUUUUCCCGAAUCUUACCAAUGACGCAUAAUAAGUCAGAACGCUGAUUACAGCGUUUGGAACAAAGUUCUUAAUUGGACAUACUCGGCAGGUUCAGACGACUUUUCUCUUUUAUAACAUGUCAGAUUAUGAAAAUCCACCCUUCCAUGUUGAGUUUGAUUCUUGUGUAAAACUAAUGUUAACAUUCUCAUGUUUCGCGCACGAAUAUAUUACUUUUUUUCAUUUUGUCCCGAAUCACAACUAUAUUUCCCUAUUGGGAUGGAAACAUGAGGAGAUAUAACCAAGCUAGUAAAACUACCAACAGUUGUUUGGAUUAGGGGGAGAGACUAAGGGACCAUCAGGUUAAGUUCGCUCCAAAUUUCUGGGUGUUGGCACAACACCAAAAUGGUGUAAAUCAUUGCAGUUCUGUAGGCACAACCUCGUCCGCGAAGAAGACCCUGGGGACGAGGUUGCUGUAGAUGGUGAUUUAUAUAAGACUGGGUGGGGGCGAGCUGGGAGAGGACUAAAAAACAAGCCCUUCAGUCAGUAUUUAGACGGUCAAAUUCUACUUAAAAAUCGGUCAAUUUGCUAGUUUCCGCUCAGGAAAAUUAUCUGUGGGUUGGAACGGACAAGAAAAUUUUUCUUUGAUUAAAGUCAUUCUGAGUUCCAACCCAGAGCUCACAAGACAAAGAAAAAUUUUCUUGUCCGUUCCAAUCCACGGAUAAUUUUCCUGAGUGGAAACUGGCCUUAACUUGCAUGCAGUAGAGUGAGAAGGUUUCACGUAUCUGAAAGAAUGAAAUGUCAGAAAUACUCGUAAAUAGUUGUAUUUUUUUAUUUAUCGUAUAAGAUUGACUUUGUAUUAACCAUGAUAAAAUCUGACAGUUCCCCUAAUUUUUUCCGCCUAUCCGAAGGUGAAGAUGCGAGAAAUAUCCCGCUCGAAACAACGAAUUUUCAUUGUACUCUGCAUAGUCAGAAUAAAUAUAAAACUAUAAUUGAUCAGUGUAUUUAACUUUGCAAUACGUCCUGCGAUGAUCUCAGCCGUUUUGUUCAAGAUCGAAGAUUGCGCAAGUUUCUGACGCUGAAAAUAUAUCUAAACACAAAAUGGUAGAGAAAAUAGAUUUAUUCGUCAUGAUCUUUUGCUUCACUUUAAUAUUCAGUUAUUGGCUGACAAAUAAUAAUUAACAAAUCAAGGCCAAGAUAGACUUGCAGUGUAAACACAGCUUCGAACACUGGGGCUGCUUAAGUUCAAUCAUAAUAGCUGACGUAGACAAAGAGACAGCUGUCUGUGAAGUUAAUAGAUGACAGGUAUUUUAUUGCAUUCCACUAUAUACAGCGAAAACAUUGCAUUUGAAUAGUUAGACCGUAAUUUACAUAGCAUAUAGGCGUAGUAAAUUAAUUUUACAGCAAGUUGGCCAUGAAGUUUAAUUAAGUGUCGGAUUUUUCCUAUGUUCUCUGAUGCUAGGUUUUUCGCAUCCCCUAACUAAAACCUAAACUAACUUUAUUAACAUCCAACUUGGAGCCUAUAUCGAAGUUAGACUGGUCAUAACUGGUCAUGCAUGCAGUAUGCAUUCCUAUACUGCAGAAGGAAAUCGAAUUGAGUAGAAUUUCAGUGAAUUUAAGGCAACAUUUGUCUUGCGAGUUGCAUAAUACUGUUUUCGAAAACAGCUGUACGUAAAUGAAGAUUCUCCCGCAGAGAAACAGUUGCGCUGCUAGCCUGGUCGGCUUGCUUGGUCGCUUUAUCUGGAAGGUUUUCACACAGUAUGGGUUCCUUUGAACCAGGAACACCAUUGUUCAAACCUGCUGUAACCCAACCGUGUUCAUAAUUAAGAGCUAAAUGAAAGAGGCUUAUCAUCAACUGUCACAAAAUAACCAAAGGUUUCGUGGUCUACAAAACACACCUAUAGAGACAAUAAAUCGAAUGGAAGAUAUAAUCACUAUCAAUUUAAGCAAACUGGUUCUGACAAUAUAAUAUAAUUAAUAUACACAACAAAUAAAUUUAUAACCCCAGAGGAAGUUUUAACGCAAAUCUGAAAAAAUAAUAAAUGUCCUGAUAUAUGAUCCAGGUUUUAUUGACUGAAUCACGGAAAUUAAUUAAUCUUGAAGUCAAUAUUAAUGAUAGCCACAAUAGCACCAAGUUCCACUGAACUCGCCGAAACAACGCUAAUAGACUUUAAUACACUUUAACCUUGAAAACGGACUGGCUAAGAUCUAUUAUUAUAUUGCACCGUUUUUGCAUAAUUGGUUGGAUGAAAUCAUGCAAUCCGCUAUUUAAUACAUUACCAAAUGUUCCAACGGCAUCGGAUGCAUUUCAUGGAUAUAUGGCUACUGCAGCCUCUAGAGUUUAGGUGGAAUGGGCUAUUAGUCUUAUACUUUAGAUCACAGAUGUUAAUUUGACAUGCCUUUAUACAGGGUGUCCUGAAAAAAAAUACAUACUGCAAUAGCUAUGGUCCAGAUUUUCACAGUUAAUUAUUAGUGGGCAUAGAAAAUUGAAUCUAAGACUGAUGUCGAUGAGAUGUAUUUUGACACUAAGAUUAAGAUUGGUCUGUAGAACCAAUGUUAUGGCCGUUUAAAGUGAGGGCUCGUCAAAUCUAUUGAUGCUUAACACAACUCUGUGAUCAAGGCACCUUAAAACCUUAUCAUUCUUCAUGCAUGUCCAGAUUUCUUCGCUUGUUUCCUCCAAGCAUUACGGCCCUGAGCACACAAGCAAAUAGGUUUGACAAUGACUUUGAAAUAGAGUCAAAAUAUCACUUUGAUUGAUUUUUACGUUUUUUUCAAAGAGAUCAUGAGUUUAUACUUGCUAUGUUUUCAUUGAAUCAUGUAUACUGGCAAUGUACGUUGUCGAUAUUUGGGGUGAAGAUUUUUCCACCACCACAGGACGUUACUGCUUCAGUUGAUUCGCGAGUUUACACCUCACCACGGUUCACAGAUCUGGAUUUAACUAAAAUUCUUCAAUAAGAACGGACUCGGCUGAACGCUUCGUGAUUCACAUUAUGUUCUACUUCUAUAGGCGUAUUUGUAUAUAAGUAUAUGCAUGUUUGCGCACUAGUCAUAUAUUUUAACAGGAUCUUACAGGGAAAACAAUUUUACUCUAUCCAUGUAAAGUUCAAGAUUCAAAGAUCCUAACUGAAAUGAACUGAUUCCUGAAUUGAAUAGAAGUAGCUACUCGCGGUAAAGCUUCAAAUAAAAGCAAAGCUGAUCAAGAGUGGAAAGUGACUCUAUUAGAUACGGUCUAGUGAAAUAAUUAAUGCUUUGGGAAUAAUUCCAGAGUUUCUCACGCUUAAUAGCAUUUUAAUUUUCAAUCACGGCGGUUUGAUCCCUUGUUUACAUAUUUGUAAUCACUUCUGAUUUCUCUAUGCCCAUAGCUAUAUGUAUCUUGGUCGGACAUGAAUGUUGAAAGCUGAAGAAAUAUGAAAGCUUUCUUGAGUUUAUUGUGUUGGUCGAGGUUUGGGAUAGUUGAAUGUCAUGACUGAAUUAUGUUUACUCUAGUAAGUUUACUCUGAACAUAAGUUAAUCCGGCGUUCUUCCCGCCAUUAAGCACCCAUGAACCAAUAAAAUUCCUGAGCUGGGUAAAUUAGCAUGGCCACUUAAUUUGCACGUCUCUUGCUUUGAGGUUAAUAAAUUUUAAGUGCAAACUGACUGUAUUUGUCUGUUUCAUACCAAGCUUUGCAUAACACCACAUGUACUGACGCUCUCUUUGACACCAAACAAACAAUACAAAGAUACACAUAACGUCUCAGAUGGUGAGAUUUCACAGGUUUUAUAUAACCCGUAAGUUUAGUGUCACAUUCAUUUUCAACCAUUUAAAGUUUAAUUUUCGCUUGGUAGUGAAGAUAAAAUGUGCUUCCUUUGCACAUUAGCUGUAUAGGGAAUAGAACAACCGCAAACUGAGCCGCCGGGUAGUUGGUAGUGCUACUCAAUUAGUGAAUGCAGAUAUUAGAUGUCAUUGAGACUCCUUGUGUUGACUUUCCUUUUAUGGCAAACGAAGACAAUGCUUUUUUCGGUUGGAAAUCAAUCACCAAUAUAAGGCAUGUACACUGCCAAACUUUGCUCUCUGGUCUAAUCUCAGUAACUCAUGCACAAACUUAAAUCUUAUUCAAUCGAUUGUAAAGAUUUUAAACACCGAGUACGAAGCGCUGUUUCUGAUCACACAAGGUGGACUAGCUGUCGAUGUUUAUGACUUAGCAUAAAUUAACCAUGUGUAAAAUUAUUCUUUUUUGUUUUGUAUUCGGUUUAAAGCAAAGCUGAUCAUUCGUAUCUCAUUCUGUUUGGUUUUAGGUUUGCUACGUGUAACGCCUGAGUGAAUAUUCCAAACGCCUCAUUGAUUUUCGGAAGUGGACUAUAACUAUGGCACAUACCGGUACAUGUCCUAUAUAGAGUUAUCAACACUAUUGAUUUUGACCUAAUUAUCUUUAUAUAAAGUCUAACAGGAGAUGUUUUUAUCUGAUAUUACAGGGCAUGGCGGUGUAAACCAACUUGGAGGAGUGUUUGUUAACGGUAGACCUUUGCCUGAGGUUGUACGGCGAAGGAUAGUAGAGUUAGCCCAGAGCGGUGUACGACCAUGUGACAUUUCACGGCAGCUCAGAGUCUCGCAUGGAUGUGUUAGCAAGAUCUUGUGUCGUUAUUACGAGACUGGCUCUAUCAAACCUGGUGUUAUCGGCGGUAGUAAGCCUAAAGUAGCCACCCCACCGGUUGUGGACAAAAUCGCCAGUUACAAACGUCAAAAUCCGACGAUGUUUGCUUGGGAAAUCCGAGAUCGGUUACUAGCUGAAGGUGUUUGCGUGAACGAAAACGUGCCUAGUGUGAGUUCGAUUAACAGAAUUGUGCGGAAUAAGAUCGCUGAGAAGGGACCCUCGGUUGUAAACGGCUCUGAUCAUGGCCAUUUAAAUGGCCCGCUUACAUCAAUCAGUGAUCUCAAAGACAUAAACAUGAAUAACAUAAUUCAACGACCUUCUUACUCUAUAAGUGGUCUGUUGGCUAUGCCACAACUCGCUCAAAUACAGAACUUGCAUAACGGGAAGAGAAAACACUCGGUUGAAAGCACUGAAAGUACAGGUAAUUGUAUGAGUCUUUACUUUAAAUUAGUUCCUAUUCACUAAUUCAGUCAAAUUCGUAUGUGAUAAUAGUCUUAGUGAAAACAGCAGUUGGGAAGUUUAUGUAUAAAUAAAGCACGGGUCGAGUGUAAUGAGAUGCGCACGCUGUAUGACUAUCACUAAUGCCUCCUAUGUGAUAUGCAAAUGCGAGAGUUGAAGAAUGUGUUGUGUCGCAUGCGGUGCUUGUUUAUAUGAUCUAAACUGAAAACGAAAUUUUCGGUUCUUAAAGCAAAGACAAAUGCAGACCUAUCCAUGUCCAUGGUGUGAAUUCGUAAUCCAGGUGUCAAUCUCAGGACAACACAACCUUUCCAUGGGGGAUGGUGGGUGUCUGAAAUGUUUCAGGGGGGUUGUAUCCCCUGGGGCAAAAUUUUCCUUCUCCGCCGAGGUGAAAUUUGACUGCACGUGAACUGGGAAAUGUUUUGUAUAUCUGUAAUUAUAAGUUAUUUAAGAGACGCAAAUUUGUGUCAACAACUGUUUGUCUCAACAUUUUACAGCAUAUGUAUACAGUUCGAAUUUUUUUGGUUUGCUGAAACGCUAUGGAUUUCUCAAUUUGUUAAAAACGAUUUAAGAAAUUAUUUAAUCGAAGUUGAAACAAUCGGGAUGUUAUAUGUGAACUUCGCGCAUGAUUUGGUGGAACGAUUAUAUAUUCGUGUAUUUGUAAUUUGGUGGCCGAGCUUUUGUCUGAAACGUGAAGUGCCUCUUUGAGUCUUUGACUGGCACUGGUCUGUAUCGCGCUGUAUGACGAGAUGAUUUUGUUUUGAUGUGAUCAAAAUAAUUCACGACUCAUGUAGUCUAUCGAGUGAGAUGCCCAAAGUCCCUAUAUUAAUUCAGUACUAUAUUAUGUUCAUUAGUCAUUACCUCGGUCAUUACCGUAGUAUUAUUGAAACUAUUGGAGAAAAUUUGAAUGUAUAAUUCCGGCAAAAACACAUAACAUUUAAAUAAUAGACAUUUAAACGGCUACAAGUCAAAGAAGUAAAUCCCAUCCGAUUGGAUCGUGUCAAACUGCUCCUAUCUAUAUAUAUCGGCUAUUACAAGCGAAUUACAUUGUAACAUGCGCCGCAUAUCAUGCAUGUUGUCUAAUUAUGGUUUCAUACAAAAGUUGCCAAACAGUCAAUUUGAUAAAACUUCCUUUUGUACUGAUUUACUAUUUAGAACAUGGAGUAUUGCAGAUUAGAGAGUUAUUUGUGUAGAUCGCAAAGUCUUCUAAAGACAAGUAACUACAUACAUUCGAUGUGCAAAAUGAAAAUCUGUCACAAAAGUUUAACAACCAUGCAUGUGAUGAUUGACAAUAUUCAAAUUUGUUUAUCUUACGUAACAACAUGCUAUAAUCAUCAUCAAAAUAUCAUUUAUAAAUCAUGAAGAAAAUUCAAUAUAUCUGCAAAUCGGAUAAAGAUUUUAUCCCAGGUAAUUUAACUAUACUGCAUGGGCAUACAACUAUACUAUAGUAUAUGCAUAUAACUAUACUAGGCAAUAUAACUAGAAAUUGCACGUCACCAAUCUACGUUCUCAUCAAAUUUUACAUUUUAUGUCAGUUUACAUCAUCUUGCGCAUAAAUGCCAAACCAGUUGAAAUUGCUGUUUCGUUAUAACUCUAUGUAUCUACUUCUUGCAACAAACGUAUUUUCAAAUCUGGAAAAAGUAUUUAAUGUUCCUCGGAUCCUGAAUUUUCUUUUUUAAUUGUUCCUCAAAAGUGCAUAUAAGACAAUGAAACAUUUGAGCAUGCGUAAAUUCAUUAUGUGUGCAACAAUAAAGAUUGUCUAUUUAUUGUUUAUUUCUAUGUAUAUUUAUUGUAUGUGAGUUAUUUGAUUCUCUAACAAAUGUGCCUCAAUCUUGUUGCUAUAAAGAUACAUAUUCUUCAGUUCAGAAUUCCAAGAUUAUCACAUUUUUCCAGGUCUACGAAUUUCUUGUUCAUUAUCCACGACGCGUGCAUCUGAUGCCACCCAAUUAUUGUUCUUUUCGUUCCUUUUAGGUAGUGGUCAUUCCGACGGUGAGGAUGUUGAAGAAAGUCGUCAGAACACAGGAACACCAAGACGUUCGUUUGCUCAAGUGCAGCUUGAGGCUCUUGAGAAUGAAUUUAAUAAAUCAAACUACCAUGAUGUAUUUAGUCGAGAUGAACUAGCAAACAGAAUGGAAUAUGCGGAACAGCUGAGAAGCCAGGUUUGUAUUAAUACCAUCUUUAAGUUUAGUUCAACUUCGACGUAAAAAUAUAGGUUGUGGUUUCAGGAAUAAAUAUAAUACGUAAUGAGCUAACACGUGUUUAUUCUCACUCGAGACACGUGUCUUUAUCUGUUUCUUCCUACUAUAUUAAAUAUUCUGAAGGGUUUUCCCUCGAAACGUCACGGCCGACGCUGAAUCCCCAAGUUCAUGCAGCAUAAUUACUGGACCGUUCCAUUCACGCGUAGCCUGAGCUUCGUCCUUUAAUUCUUUUGAAUUUGAUCAGUUUUAGUGUCUGUCUGCUUUCGAAAGAAUGGUACGCACCAGUAUUUCUGUAUAUGGUCCAUAUUGACACUUGGACAACGUAGAGCCAAUUUACUACAUUUGUCGUUUUUUUCGAAACCAGAAAUUUUGUUCACAAAAUGUGUUUCUGAACCUUCCGAAACAUUCCUGGCUUCAUGAGAAGAAUAUAUUCCGUUUCUGCAACAGUGUUUUCUAGGGCUUUACUCAUGUCAAUCAUUUCACUAACAAUUGAUUUUUAUAUGAAAUCUUUAGGUCUGGCUUAAUAAAGAUCACACCACUGACCCAAAGGAUACUAUGGAUAAACCCACCUCACCACAACUCUGUACAUCAACAAUUAUCCCACCCCCACCAUACGUGCCCUACCCAAUGGUCUCCAGUAAUGCUGUGACUCCUGUCGAUAUUAGUUAUGGUCAGAGUAAUAUUCAUGUGAAAUCAGAAUUAACCGAAUUGCAUACUGUAUCAGAGCCUUCAUUAGUUCCCGGUCUCUCGCCUCAACAACAAGGUAAUUACGUUUUCUUUAAAUUCUUCAGAUAUUCGCUAGGUGAUAUGGUAAAAAGGUUAAAGCCUGGAACUUUUUGUUAAAUAAAAAACUACUGGUAACUCGUGAAAUGUGCUGUAUAUUAUUAUUUUUUUGUCUGGACUGUCUUUGCCAGUGUAGGUAGUGCCAAUAAAAUGAACAAGCUUUCGUUGGUGAAAAUAUAUAAGGAGAAUUUCAAACUUAUAUACUUAUAUAUUUUCAGGUAGUUGCAUCCCUAUCAACGAAAUCUUGUUCACUUUAUAUUAUCUUCUCAAAAUCAAAUUUGUCAUGGGGACCCCAACUUUAACCUCUAACCACUAACCGUCUAACCCUAAUAUAAUCUUAAUCUAACCCUAAUCUAAACUUGCUGACCUUUUUUUUAAUAAUUUCUUUUUGUUUAAUGAGCAAAACCAUUAGUGUAGUUAGACAGAUUAAAAUAACAAAAUAGCUCUCAUUGCGGCUAACAAUGGGUUAACCUCCAAACAAAUUCGUAUCUUGCUCUAGGAUAUGAAAUGGCGGUGAUCCAAACUCAAAUGUUACAAGAUGGCUUUGAUGGUUUAGGAAAUAACAUGCAUGUGGCUCCAGUUAACAACCGAGGUCAACCAAUCAACGGUUUACCGAGUUCUAACAGUAAUUCAGUUAUAAAUAUUCAGUCACCAACUGGGUUUAUUCACGAGAAAUCCCCAACUCCACGAGUGAUCAACCUUAGCUCUGGAAACAUGGCACAGUCACAGAGUGAUGCUCAAAAUCCACGAAGUGGUUAGUAUUAAUGUAUUAUUAAUAAAUGUUCUACUAUAACUCUACUAUAAAUCUGAUGAUAGACAAAGAUGUGAAAAUUACCGACCGAUAUCUAUAUUGCCUAUUGUCAGUAAAAUACUAGAGAGAUCGGUUUUCAACCAGAUUUAUAAGUUUUUGAAUGAUAAUUCGCUGCUAUCUAAACAUCAAUCUGGCUUUCGGCCUAAGCAUUCAACUUUAACAACACUCAUUCAAAUGUGUGACACACUUUAUGAGAACAUGGAUAAUGGUCAGUUGAGUGGUGUUGUUUUCCUUGAUAUUAGAAAAGCUUUUGAUUCUAUUGAUCAUACAAUCUUAUUGCAAAAGAUGAAUGAUCAAUUUGGAAUAAAAAAUGUGGAACUGGAUUGGUUUAAGUCCUAUCUAACUAAUAGAGAGCAAGCAUGCAUUGUCAACGGUGCAAUGUCAUCACCUAAAACGAUUGUGUGCGGAGUUCCGCAGGGAUCAAUUCUUGGUGUUUUUAUUAUAUAUUAAUGAUUUACCCGAAUGCCUCGAAAAAACUUCGCCACACCUAUACGCUGAUGAUACUCAAAUUUCUACUUCUGCCAAAAUUAUUGAGGAACUUACUGAAAAUCUAAAUAAUGACCUGAAAAAAGUCUGUGAGUGGCUUGCUCGAAAUAAACUGCAACACCACCCAACUAAGACCAAAUUAAUGUAUAUCGGUUCAAAGUAUAAUACUGAUACUAUGACUUAUGAUAUUCCAGUAAUGAUGAAUAACCAAUUUAUAACUCUUGCUCAUUCAUACACAUGCCUUGGGGUUAAACUUGAUGAAAACCUUAAUUGGCAUGAGCAUGUUGAAAUGAUUUGUAAGAAAGUUGGGGCCGGCAUAGGAGCAAUGCAACGAAUUAAGCCAUAUGUUCCUAUAAAUACCCUGCAUACCAUUUACAGAGCUUUGAUAGAACCGUAUUUUGAUUAUUGUAGUCCAUUAUGGGACGUCUGUAACCAACAGCUGAAAGAUAAGCUUCAAAAGUUCCAAAACCGUGCAGCGAGAAUUAUAACCGGCGCCAGCUAUGAAAUAAGGUCUGCUGAUGUUCUUCGAUCCCUUGCUUGGGAAAAUUUAGAGAUAAGACAACGUACAACUAAAUCCACAUUAAUGUAUAAAGUCCUGAAUGAUUGCGCUGGGCCGAACUUGAAGGAUGCUCUAACGAGAAGGGACCUUGUUCAAACCAGUUAUAAUCUUCGCAAUACUUAUACUGACCUUACCCUUGCUAAGCCAAAACGAGAAUUUCUAAAAAAAAGCUUUAAGUAUAGCGGAGCUAAAUUGUGGAAUAGUCUUCCUUCUGAUGCGAAGCUAGCGCAAUCAAUUUAUUCUUUUAAAAACUGCCUGAAAGUUUCACGCUAACAUCUUCUAAUAUACUGUAUAUGCAUGCUUUAGAAAUAUGGGUCACACCGUUUGGAACUUAAUUCUUGUAUUGUAAAUAGUUGUAUAUAACUCUUUAUUCUUUUCUAUAUCAUAUUUGUAAUUUUUAAUAGUAACAGACGUCCCUCGUGAAAAUCAACAAAUCGUUGACGAGGCUAACGUCUUUAAAUAAAGUUUACAUACAUACAUACAUACCAUACUCACUCGUUUAAGCGCCGCACCCAAUUGAGCGCCGCCCUCGAUUAAAAGCGCGGUAGCAAAACAUCCUGGGUACGAAAUUGCAAUCUUUAACAAUUCUCGGAACUAUUAUCGCAUGUAUUUCAGCGAUUUUAUAUUUUACUUCGUUGCUGGCAUUUCUUUUUGUCGUAUACAAAUUUCCAUUUCAUAAACCACCACGGUCACCAGUAACAAUCAGCGCCACAGUCGAACACUAGAAACUCGAAUAACGCUGCGGUGCUUAAACGAUACAGUCAAUUGCUCUCUGCCGCGCCGUGCGGCCAGAGUAGCGACUUACUAUUACACCAACACAGAAAAAAAUCAUGAUUACUAGAUUGCACUAAUAUAGAAGGAACUAGACUCAGUUCUGAAAUAUCUCAUACUCGAACCGAUCGGACUGCGUACAGUAGCUCAGUUGGCACGAGCAUUGGGCUAGUAUGCCAAAGGUCGUAGGUUCGAUUCCCACCGUGGCCAGGCAUAUUUUCAAGCUUGCCCGGUGUGGAUAUACACUCAGAGUACAUGACAAGCAUCAUAUUCACUUGAGUACAUUGCACCAAUACAGAAAAAUAAUGAUUACAAGUUUAUUAGUAGUUUUUAAAUUUGUAAUACUGUAUAUGUUAUCCUGCGUGGCAGGCCCUUAAUUUUAUGGGGGGCUGCAAAUCAGGCCCCCAUAAAAUUGAGGGCCUGCCACGCGGGCUAUGUAUAUGUAUAACAUACGUGCAGGCAAACGUUCGUACGCGACAAUUUUCGGAAUAUAGAAUUCAUUCUGUAUGAUCUUUUCAAAGCAAUGUGACUUCUGAGGGAGAAAUGGUGGACAUAAAAGUUCAUACUUUUUUGUUUAUCAAUAUUUUGACAAUGUCGACACUGCUUAACAUUAGCCGAAUUCAUAUUAGGGACGGGAAACUCGUCUGCGAAAACCCGUCUGAAUAUGAAUUUAGGGACGGGUAAAUUCGAAUUUAAGACGAGUUUCCCGUCUAGAUGAGAUUCCCGUCUAACUUUCCCGUCUGUUUAGACGGGUAAGUUAGACGGGAAAGUUCGGACGGGAAACUCGUCUGCUCCCGGAUUCAUAUUAGACGAGUUUCCCGUCUAAGACGAGUUUCCCGUCUCUAAUAUGGAUUCGGCUAUUAGGCCAGUUAAGGGGUACACUUAGCCUACAGUAAAUACACAUAAAUACAAUCAAGUACUUUUGUUUGUUGCACACAUGUUUCCAAGCACUUUUAGCGAAGAUUCAUACAGGGAAAUUCAGGAAUAUCCGUUUCUGACAACUCCGGCAGAAGUUUCAUCCUUCAUUUUCUAAUUUCUCAUCAAGCUCUUGUCUUUAAACAGGUCACGGAACACCCCUCCCCAGUCCUAGUGUGCCGCAGUCGCCGAGUACUAAUCCAUCAUCAUCAAGCAAUUUUAACUUCACCUUACCUCCUGUUAGUACAUUUACUAAAAGUCCAGCUGUUCCUCAACAUGGAGAUCUUCCUCCAGCCCAGUUCUCCUCCGCCCCGCCAUACACCAACACCUCAGCUAGCUAUCCCCCUGCACCAGAACAAUGGUUGCCGUAUCCAGGACCACAAGGCUUUAUUGGACGACCUAUGUUUCUUAACUGGUACGUAAUUUGAAUUUUUAACCGUGACGGUAAUCAUGCAUACCUGACACAAAAUCCUGCUGAUUUACAUAUCUUUAACUUCAUUUUUCUCGCAAAAUUUCUUAAAAUAUAUCGAGGAACAUGAACGUUUUGUUUACGUUGAAUCAUACAAGCAGCAUUCGCGUCCGUGCAGGUAUAUAAGUUAAACGAACCGUCGUUUAUGCUCAGGGAUGCCGGAAAGGGGGGGGGCGCAGGCGGGAGGCAUCGCCCCCCUUGCCCUUUAGUAAGGGGGCAGCGGGGGGGGGAGGCGAAAGUGCCCUUAGAUACGUGCCCUUACAACGAUUAAAGUGCCCUUACAACGAUUAAAAAGUAUGAAUUACGGGUGAAAUGGACGUAGUAUAUAAUAUACGUGAAAUUGGACGUAGUAUGUAAUAUACGUGAAAUUGUCUGGAAUAUUGUGUCAUAAAUUAGGUUAACUUUAAAAAAUGUUUUGCCCUUAAUUUGGUGAAUUAAGGUUCCGGAAAAAUUUUUGCCCUUGUUUUGGUGAAUUAAGAGUCCAAAAAAUUUUUUCGGAAACGAAAUAUUAAUUAGUGAUUGCCCUUACGUGAACAUUGCCCCCCUGUGCCCUACCCUCGCUCCGGCGUCGCUGUUUAUGCUGUAUAAUUAGUGUUAUAUAAACCACUUCAAGCUUUAAUUUAAACACACUCCAGACAUGACUGUUCAGUCACUGCACUAUUUUUUGGCAAACAUGCGUACCAAUGAACAUGUUUCUUAAUUUAUUUCCAUAAUUCUUUUCUGGAUUGAUUCUUAAGUAUUUACAAAACAUUAAUAUUUCCGUAUCUUUUUCUCAUUUAGGUCACAAGCUUCAACCGUCUCAACACAGUCAAAAUAA